GCUGCUAUAACUCUAGAAAGUAAUGGGAAAUAAAUAUUCUAAGUCAGCCAGGAAGUGAUUCAGAUUGUUAGUGCUUGGUGCAUUGUCUGUAUAUGAAACACUAAUAUUCUUAAUGAAAAUAGCGCACUGGCGGUUUUAAAAGGAAGCCACGCACAAAGGUCUGUGUUGUGUAGCGGCGUGGCUUGUGUGCUUGGGUUAGAGGGGGGUUGUGCUACCUUGCAGCGUUUUAUUUUUGCAGUGGAAAAGUUGCCUGACUUUUUUUUUUUUUUUAAGCAGGUAUUGAACUGGUAUUAUUUGUCAAUUUAAAAUCAGUAAUGAGAAUUUAUUUUAGAAAAAGGAAGCAGAAAGGAUCUCAUACCUAGGUGGAGAGUAGGUGCGGAGAGGCAGUUUGUAACUUGUCUUUUCUCCCUACUUUUCGAUAACUGGAAAAAUUAGUGUCUCAAAAGCUUUCAAGGAGAACUAACUUAAAACUGCGAUGUUCACAAAAGAUCGUUGUCUCCUUUUUUUUCUCAACUCCUCCUCCUCUCUCUACGCAGAGCUCCGAGAAGGUGGUGGAAUGGGGUCGAGGGAUGGUCCAGGGCUUGAGCACUCCAGGAGCUCAGGUUCAAUGCUGGUGACAGCCACCCUGUCCUGAGAUCAUGGGAGGGGGUUUUCGUCCUCCUCCUCUCUGGCUUAUUCUAAAUUAUGCAAAAUGAGAUGCUAACUAUUUGCUCCAGGCAGACUAUGUUUAAACCCAGUUCUCAAAGACUGCCCCCUCCACCCCCCUAUUUUUUGUGGAGACACAUUCGAAUCCAGUAGGUGCCCAUGUACAUGGUAACCUAAUCCCAAGGUUCUCAAGCAAUUUUCUGAAAGUAGGAUCUUGUUGUGGUGUUUGGCUAAAUUUCUGGGAGUAACUGGCUAAAGGCAUUAGACUACUGAGAGUCUGGCCUAUUCCCAAAGGGUCUCUGCAAAUUAAUCACCCUGUGAGCUAAAUUUGUUUAUAGACAUAUUUGGAAUGGAGGAGAUCCACAUGGGAUCCUUCCCUUCAUUUGUUCUGUAGAGCACCUGCUCGGAGUAUUCUGUGGUACACCUCCCUGCCCCCCAGCACUGCGGUACUUGAUAUCUCAUGAUGGGUGUGAGGGUGAUGAUGAAGAUAAUAAUACAUUUAUUCCUCCGUUCUUCCUCUUGGGAAUUCACGGCACUCAGUUAUCUCAACGAGAGUGGAGGCGGUACAAGGGAUUUAGGGAUACAUGGAAAUUAUAUAUAUAUAAAUUCGUUUGUCUGUUUCUAUAGCAAUUGCUUCUUAAAAAUAAUUUAGUAGUUUAAUACAAAAGCAGUGGAUGGGUUUUUAUGUGCUCGUAUAGGGAAGAUUUUUUUAGUUUCACACAUGUUCAGUUUUAAUGGGUAAUAAUUACAUCUUUGUAUUUUGAUGUCAGGCUGGUUAUGAGGCCUAAUUCUGCAGGCAGCCUCCUCAUUGAUUUGCACCUAACUGCUGAUUUUAGAGAGAGGGAGUUGCAGGCCAGGAUCCCCUUCUGUUUUUCAGACAAGUUAACACAUAAGUGGCUCCUUCAGUUCCAUUUCGACAGACAGUUGCUUUCCUGGCCUGUCUUCUCCAGGCCCUGGAAUCGAAUAUACAUAUGGUUUUGUGGUUGGGGCUUUUUUGAAAGACAGAUUCCUUAAAAAAAAAAAAAAUUGUCCCCCACUCCCUACCCCGCCUCUCUUGCUAGGCAUCCUUUUCCCACCUCCUCACUCGAGUUUGUAGUUUGCAGGCCUGAUUCUCUGCAGCCCUGGCCCCGCAUGUGCUGGGAAAGCAGUAAAAAUGAGCACUAAUCAAUCUUCCAGAGAGAAGCAAUGGGCAUUAGAAGGCCGCUAUCCUGUGACUAAACACACCCCCUUUAUGGAGUGUUGGUACUAAUAAAGGCCAGCUUAUUACUGAGGCAGAGACCAAAGCCUGGAUGAGGUCAACCAUGACUGACAGUCAUCAGUCAUUCUUAAUGAUACUUUUUCCCGUGCUUUCUAAGGGAUUCUGAGCAGAGUGCAAAUCAUUCGGGGUCAUUCAUAGUUCAUGUACCCACAGAUGGCAAAGGUUUUGAAAGACUUCAGUUUAAACUUGUAAAAAAAAAGAAAAGAUCCUCACUUUUUUUUUUUUAAAGGAAGGGAAAAUACCCCAAAACAAAACAUAGAUUUUUCUUAUUGGAACGCUUUCAUGUUCUUUCAACCUAAUAGAUGUUUUACACACUACGGUGCUUGUGCAUUAUUAAAAGAGACAUAAAUUUAUGUUUUAUGACGUCUGUCUUCUUUAAUUAUUACCUUUGAUGUCUAUUGGUGACUAAAGAGAGCUUAACAGGAUUUCUUUCUCUUCUUAAAUUUCGCAUCAUGAAACCCAGCUAGUCCCUGACAGAUGUCUGUUCCUCACCUUCAGGAUUAUUUUAUAAAUCCCUUUCUGAUGAGCGGAAGUGUCAAAUCAAGGACAGGUCAUAAAGUAAAAGUAUAAACCUUUUAAAGAGAGACCUUGGUAAUAUAUAAACAUUCUGCACACUAUCUGAAUUUUUUAUGGACUAAAGAAAAAUUAUAUUUCAGCUGGAGGAAGGGAGAAGUUUAAACAUCAGCCCAGAUUUUAAUGUAUGAUCCCCCCCCCCCCCCCGCAAUACUCUUAUUUAUAGCCAUCUAAGAAACCACUGGCUUUAUCGGCUAUUUUAAACAUUUGGACUCGAUUUGGAGCCUGCCUGUUAAUUGUCCAUGUUUAAAUUCAGAAGGUUGACUUUGAAUCAAUGCUUGCACACAGUAUAGGAUACAGGGUGGUGGGGAGGGGUGCGGCGGGCAUUGGAUGUAGGAUAGAGGCCUGGGUCUUUGUUCUUUCAUUAAUCUCUUUUUCCCUGUUCUUUCUCAAGCCUCAGUUUCCUUCUCUGUAAACAAAGGGCUUAUAUUAUUAGAGAAUUCCUAAUGCAUGCUAUUCUACAACCAUGUGAUCCAUUGCACCCAUCUUUAGCACCCCUGAGUUGGAGGAAGUCGCCGUCGUGAAGCAACAGCUGUCCUUUUUUUUUUUUUCUUUCUUAGAAAAGCUGGUUGUACUUAGAGAAUUUGCUUUUGGUAAAAUUUGAGUUUAUUUCUACUUAUGAAAUUGGAAAUAAGCUGAAAUCAACAACUUCUAGGCCCUCCUGCCAUUUUCAUGUCAAGGCACAUGGAGACAUGUCAGUGCACGUGGGACGCGGAAGCUGCACAAGGGGCGUUCUUGGGUGUGGACGUGCAUGGUGGGCGCACAGGCCUCUAGGAAAUGCUUCCUGGGUUCAUGGGCACCUUCAAUCAUGGAUGAUGGGGCUGGAAACUUGCCUAUAGCUUUUUAAAGAAAAAUUAAAUAUUUUGAAUUGAAUUCAGCAAUUUCUUGAACACCUACUGUUUGUGAGUGAGGCCUGGCGGUAGGUGAGCAUGGCGUGGAGCUCGCGGGAGGGUUGGAGAUGUGAUCGCUUCUGUCUGUGUGUCAGCGUGAUGGCCUGUCCACGCCGCUUUCUUCUGACUGUGAGCUGGCCCAUCUCUGUACGCUUGCCCCACAACCUCAGCAUGCCCUUUGGAACAUCAGAAGUCCCCCACAGCCUCAGCAGGUCUUCUGAGAACUAGGAAUUAGAGCCCCACUGUCGUGGAAAUCAACUCGUCAUCAAGUAGGGCCGACAGUGAGACAGCUGACCAUCCUCCACAUUCCGAGCCUGAAGGGGAAAGGUUUUCCCAAGGAGAGGUGCUGGUGGGCUCGCACGCCAUCCUGAGCACAGCAGACAGCAGUUAAUGCAAGACGAUAUCUCGGUGGCGGGUUUUACUUAAUGUUCUUUAUUAUGAAGAAUAGCGAUACCUCAAAGCCAUACAUUUUUUGAGCGUAGCUUCUCCAUGUUGAUUUUUCUUUGGAUGGGUUGCUUAGAACGGAGCCAAAAGAGCGCCACUUGGUGGAGAGGCAGGUUUGCACUUUGCCCUGUUUUUGUGUAUGUGGAUGUCAAAUGUCAAUUUGUUUGGUAAAAUGUGAAGCUGAAUUUAUAAAUCUGUGCUAAGCAAUUAGUUUGGAAAUUAGUGCUAUCUCUAGGAAAAUCCCCUUAGCAGGCAUCAGAUUCAAACGAUGCAACUCAGUAGGUGUGGGGGCAAAACUGCAACAUAUUUUCAAGGCAAAAUCUUACAAAUAUAAACAUUAUAUCAAAUAUAAACAUAUGUUUGCAGUGUACAAAUGUCUUGCAUAUUCAAAGCAAAUAAGUCCUGAUGGGGGAGGAAAAAGUAUUUGGAUGUAGCCGUUAUGUUUAAUUUUCCUCACACAGUCAGUAGAUAGUCUGUGUCUGCAAAGGAUUGGUCCUUUCUUGCUCCCCACUCACCCAACUCUGUGGUUCUAGAACCUUCUAUUCAUUCCCAUUGGUGAGCCCAUGAAAUCUUUGAUUCCUUCUUGAUUGCUCUCUGAAGACGCCUAUCAGGCACUGUCUUAUCUGUUUGUAAAGCAGCUCAGGCCCCAGAUUUAAGUCAUGGGUCUGGCUACAAGUUAGAGUGUGAUUAAUAAUUGACUAAUGUAGCUUUUAUUUAUCACAGGCUAGCACAUUUCGCCAUUACUGAGUUAAUUUAUGUUAAGUGUAAGCUGUCGUUCAAUCUGUUUUUCAACUUUUUUUUUUUUUUUUUAAAUCCUAAGUCUAUCUUUCACUUUUGGAGAAACAAAAUCCUCAUACAGGGCACAGACACACUCGAUGCCAAAAAGUUGAUUUCCUUUUCCCUGGAGCCAUGCAUCACCAGCCCUCCCAGCCGCAGUGUCAGCCCCUGACAGAAUGACAUGUGUCAUUUAUCAAAGGGGCCAGGCCGGGCCUUGGGAAACGCCGCCGACAAAGCCUGAGAGAGUUCAUUUUGCAGUCCCUCCUACCCUCUGUGAGCCCCUUGCCAGGAAAGCCUGUGAUGUUUCUGUCUUCAGAGCAUUACUGUAAGUCCUUCAACCUUCACAGAAUUAACCCUCCCCACCUCAGCCCGCUGCAACAGCUCCGAGGUCCUGCCUGGGAAGGUUCUGAGACCCAAAGGAGUGAUUGUUCCAAGCCCAGGAACACACAAGCCCCCGGCUCUGUAGGGACACCCCAUGGAGUCCCGGCUUUCCGUGCAGAAAGCAUGACCCUGGUGCCCCUGCAUCUCCCCACUUUCUAGCAGGCUUUAAGGAUUCAAGCCCUGAGUAAUACUCAGUGAGACAAGGUCAGAGGCAUAAAGAACCAGCAGCAAAGCAUUUCCCUGGUAUCCAAAUUCGUAGGUCCCCCACUCCUGCGGCAGAAGUUUGGUCUUCUGUUUUUUUUUUUUUUAGAGUCUGCCUAAUAAGUGUUUUACUCCAGGCUAUUUUUGAAACCACCUACUAAACCCGAUAGAUGUUUCUUCUUUUUCUCUGUUGCCUAGAAUUUGUAACCCCAUUCCCGCCUGCAUAAAGACAGUGAUGAGGUUCGAGUCUAAAAGUUGCUAAAAAAGGAUAUUUUGGAGGAGGAAGAGAAAGGGCCAUUUUUGCCCCCAGAUUGUUUACUUUUUAUAUAAGUUCCCAAACCACUAGAAAACCACCAGAAAGUGCAAAGGAAAAAAAAAAUCAGCCAGAGGAGAGCAUGCUGUUAAAGUAUAAAAGCAUUUGGCUAAAAUAAAUGUUUUUUUUCCCUUGAAGAGUAGAGUUUUGCAUUGUAAUCAUGUGUGAGAAUGUGAGAAAAGUUAUUGUUUCUCUCAUCCCCGCCCCUUUGUACUUUGUACAGUCCCUACCACACUGAAGUUAUUUACAGCAUCAGAUACCAUUUAAAGAGAUAGUGAAGGAGACUGUUGCCUUCGCCAGGAACUUUCCAGAAAGAAGUCCUAUAAAUUAGCCAUUGCUCAGGAGUGGCUGUUUCCUAGGCGGAGCUAGCCCUUUCAUUUGUCUGCAUAAGGCUAAUUUAUUUUUGCAGCCAGAUGUGGGCUGACAGCCAUCACUCAGGGCUUCCUUCCCCCGCCGUUAGGAGGUCUGGAAGACAGUCACGUUCCCCAUUUUGCAGAAUCCCCAUCAACAUUAUUGAAGAUGGAUGUAUCUUUAAAGCAAAGAUUGAUUGUGGAUAUCGGAGUUAUGGUGUCAUUUAUCAUGGUGAAUAUUAUUUAGACUUGGGUUGUACAAGGCUGUAACUUGAGACACAGCCAGGGGAGGGACAACCUGAAAACGCGGAUCCAUGAACUUUAAUGGAUGGAUGCUUUUUUCACAGCUCAACUCACUAUAGCGUGAUUUACUUUUCUUACUGCAAGGAAACAAGCAUUUCAGUCUUAAAGGGACAGCAUGCCAGUGGUCCUGUUCCGUGGGUUCCACCCGGGAAGGCAUUACCAAGGGCAGUCAGAGCCCAGGCAAAAAUGCUGAGAAGGCGUGAAUGGUGCAACAGACUCUGGCCAUAGACAUGUACAUUAAAGAUGGCUUUCCAGAUGGAUCUCCUCCUCGCCAUCCUUAUAGGACCCUGAUAGGGUUAGAAAUGGAGAUGUACCCCAGAGCUCACCAUUAUCAGGGCAGCAGUUAAGAUGCUAUUUAUUUGAAGCCAGCUAGCCUCUCCUAAGUGCUACAGAUAGCGGCCAUUUAUAUUUAGGAAGACAAAUGAAGCCCAGGCUCUCCCGUGUCAGGAGCAUGAUGCUGUGGGGAGAACGCACAGUUAUCCUCGUAUGCCUAAAGGUAGUAGCAUAUGCAAUACAAGCAGUCUUGUCGACCUAAUUAAUAUCAGUCUUUUUCAUUUUGCUUCAGGAUGGCAGCGCUAUUGACAUUUGCUCAGUAGGGAGUUGGUUCUAAGGGAGCAACAGGAUGGUGCAUCCAAAGUUGAACCUCUCAACGGUUGGUCCUCACAUCUCUAGUCCUUGAAAAUGGUGGAGAUGGUCUAGUGCAUUUGUCCUUUCUUCCAGGAGCACGGAUCCCAGCAUCUAGGCAUUCACUCAGACACCAGGGAACAAGGGGCAUCCCACUUUAUUUCUAACGAGAUGCUUCAUGUACCAGAAACCUGGGGCUGCUGGUAGCUAUUAGUGGCUUAGGUCGUGGCCCUUUGGCCCCUAAGGCGUUUUAUUUGUUGCUAAUGUUGUUUUAUUUCAUCUUUCCAUUUCAGGGGUUUUGUUGCAUAUGGUGGAUAGAGGAGCUCUCAAAGUGAGUGAGGGGUUGGCCACAGUCAGCCCUGGGCGGGGCAGGUGUUGGGCGUGCUGCCCUGGCCUGCGUGCAGCCAUGUGACAUGCCAUCCCAGGGCAAUCUGGGGGUGGGUGCCACCCGACCUGCAGGCCCUCCUCAAAGCCCACCUCAGCUUUGAUGCUCAGAGAGUGUGGCUUGCACUGCAGAGCCUAAAAGCCCUCUUUGGCUUUUUAAAUAGGGAAGGUUUCUUGGAAUUGUACAGUCUGUUAAACGAAAGUAACUUUCUUUCCAGGAUUGAUGCAUCUCAUCUCUGGGAGCUUCCGGUCCGAUGGUGUGAACUGCUUUCUAGUAUAAUGGCCCACACUGUACGCACCAUGCAGGGGGACCCAUCGGAGCACCUGUCUCUGUCUAUGUGAUUGCUCACUGACUUGUUCACGUCCUUGUAGGCACUCUGCUCCAUAAGGGCAGGGCCAUCUUGUUCUCCUUCCAUUGUCAAGAGUCCAGCACGGUUCCUGGCUCAUAGUCAGAGCUCCCGGUGCUUGUUGAGGGACUGAACCCCCUCCUUGGGGAAGCCCUGGCUCUUGCGAGGACAGGUGAGUGUGACAGUCUGUGACAUGCGGUCUAUGACGUGCCGACCCUGGGUGCUGGCGAUAGUAGGUGAAAGAAGAAAGCAGGAAGCUGUUUUUGGUUUCAAAGUGCUAACCCAAGUCAGGCAGUGGACUGGUUUUUUUGGAAGCUACCUUCCAUGUAACAUCAAUCUAACCUAAAAGAAACAAACAAAACCCAGUGUAACAAGAAAAGGGGGCAAAGAAAGAUGGUGAAAGGAAUUGCCCAUGCCUCCUUUUGAAUGUUAAGUAAAAACAGGAAAAUACCAUCUGGAAAAGUAAUCUGUUCAUCAUUAUACAUCUACUUGUGGAAAUGCUCAUAAUGGUGGUGAUACUGGGUAUUUUAGAGGACAAAUACCAAGACAUCCUCUCAAUCCUAUUAUGGUUUAUAGGUCUGUGUUUAUUUGCAAGUUAAAAGCACAUUCUUGGCCUUUUAGGAACAUAUGACAUGUCUACAAACAGGAAGUAGUUUAUCAAAUUCAUAUGAAUCAUGGCAUCUAUAGUGUUGGCCGAGGUCAAAUCAUUACACUAAAUGUAUUGUAACCGUUAUUAAUGCACGGGGUCUCCUGCCAUCUUUGUGAUGUAGGACUGCCGUUUCCUGAUUAAAAGCUGUUUGGUGACGAGAAAUUCAGCAGCUCCUGUCCGUCCUGGAGUGACUGACAGGCACCCAGAGCUGCCGUCCCUGCUGGAGCAGUGUGUUCCUAGGAGCGCACCUUACGGAGGGUCCUGAGUGCCAGGAAAUACAGGAAACAGGAAACAAAAACAGAAGUGACUCAACUUUCGCAGCCACAACUGUGCAUCCAUAAGGAGGCCAAAUUUAUCACGGCACAUUAUGGAGCUCAGCAAAUGUCAUGAAAACCAUUGUUUUUUAAUUUUUUUCUUGGAGAGUUUGAAUGAGGUGAUUUAUGGUAGUUAUUCAUCUUAAGGGUCAUCCAUCAAUUUUUAGUUGCUAGGCAAUCAACCCAGCAGCUGUUUGCUUUGAAUCAAGCUGCAAAGUUGUCAGUCACCACACGCAGGUAUGACCUUAGUGGUUGCAAACAUCAUGCGUGCGAAAUUAAAGAGACGUCAUCUUCUUCCCUGAUUCCCCUGACUUCCCCGUGAUUUGUGGAAGUGGUGCGAACCCUUCCUGGCUAUUACAAGACAAAUAAGAACAAAGGAGGGUGUGGAAAAUUUCUUGACUGGAAACUCACAGAUACUCUUCCAACGCUGUAUUUUACCCAAGUUCCCUAUGUGAGCUGCAUGGGAUGGAUUAUAGAAGUAGUGCCAUCAGUGGAUGGGAGGUGAACCACUUGAUUUAUAAUAUUUAAAUAAGCCAGUUAAAAAAAACCUGUCAGUUCCCUUGUGGGGAAAAACCAAAUAUCAGCAUUUCUCAAUGUGCAUCCCAGGCUGGAGGCCAGCCUGAUGGUGUUUUUGGGUUGGCUCUGGGUGGCAUGUGAGGAGAUGCAGUUUCUCUCCAGUGGUGGAGGGUGGGAACUGUGCGUGGGCCUGACAGGCUCUGGGCAGAUGAGGCGCUGUAGGUGCCUGGCCCAAGCCUGGCACAGAGUGGGUGCCCAGGUGGUGCCCACUUGCUCCCUCUGCUGAGAUCUCAGGCUGCUGUGCUGGCAGGGGCAGCUCAGGCGGGUGUGGCCCUGGAGCCAGGCUGCCUUUGCCCAUUACCACAACGCUGUGAUCCUGCCUGGGGCAUGGUCCUUCGGAGGUCAUUUCCACAGCUGCUUGGUGUGAGUCCUUCUCUGGCCUGGGGCUUCUCCCCAGAUCUCUGUAUUUUUGUCCACUACACCAGAACACUGUGAGUCUCAUUAGCAUUGUUGACCCCAAGAAGACAUUUCUAGAUAGCUGUUCCUUGCUGGCUCGUGUGUAAACAGUGUUUCCUGCCUGCACUCUGCAAUUUUAUUUAUUUAUUUAUUGAUACAGAGUCUCGCUCUGUCCCCAGGCUGGAGUGCAGUGGUAUGAUCUUGGCUCACUGCAACCUCUGCCUCCUGGGUUCAAGCGAUUCUCCUGCCUCAGCCACCUGAGUAGCUGGGAUUACAGGCACCCACCACCACACCCGGCUAAUUUUUGUAUUUUUAGUAGAGACAGGGUUUCACCAUGUUGGCCAGGCUGGUCUCUAACUCCUGACUUGGGUGAUCCUCCCGCUUUGGCCUCCCAAAGUGCUGGGGUUGAUGAUAGGUGUGUUCCACUAUGCCUGGCCCACUCUGCGAUUUUAGAUCUUCACAGGGCUUCAAAAAUUAUCCCUAGGAAGGAAAAUAAGUGCAUGUGAUGCCUUAUUUAUUUAUUUAUUUUUGAGACAGAAUCUCGCUUUGUCACCCAGGCUGGGGUUCAGUGGUGUGAACUCAGCUCAUUGCAACGUCUGCCUCCUGGGUAGCUAGGAUUACAAGUGGUUUUCAUGCCUCAGCCUCCCGAGUAGCUAGGAUUACAGGCCACAAUGUCCGGCUAAGUUUUGUAUUUUUAGUAGUGACAGGGUUUCUCCAUGUUUGUCAGGCUGGUCUCGAACUCCUGACCUUGGGCGAUCCACCUGCCUCAGCCUCCCAAAGUGCUGGGAUUACAGGCGUGAGCCACUGCGCCCGGACUUUUUUUUAGUAAUUGAGGCUAGAUUUCCCUCAUUUUGAAUCUUUCAAGCAGGAAUUUUACUUUGCCUCUCAGUUGAGUUUUAAUGCGUCUACACAGAUAAUUUACACCAAUAAAGCCAAAUUUUAGGGGACUAUGUGUUGUAUACUAGUAUCUUUUUACAUUUGAUAGUUUCAAUGGACUUGAUUUUGCUGAUGGCCUUUUAGACCAUGUAGCUGUAAGAUGUUUUGCAUGUAUUUUGGAAAGUCUAAAAUAAGUUUAAUUUGGAGUUAGGUUUGUCUUUCUCAACUUUGCAUUGAGAGAGAGAUAUAUAUCUUAUUUAUUUAGUAGGUAUUUCUGAGGGUCUGAAACACAUCCUUUUGACAGAUAGUUCUGCACAUUGGAAAAGAGAGUUUUCUGAUCUAGGCUUUUCAGGCGCCAGUUCUAUUUCUGGACUCCAGGUAAACCCUGAAGGAAGUGGAGUGUGCCCCUAGUUCAUUCACAUUUUAAAGAUGGUCCCACAUCUUUUACUUGAAAUCCUUGGGGCCAGAUAUGUUUUGGAAUUCAGAACUUUUCAGAUUUUUGAAAAGAAAUUUAGUGCAUAUACUGUAUAUUUUGCAACAUCCUCAGCUUAAACAUGAGAUUUUCUACAGAUAAAUGGAUUAAUAGUCACAAUACUUGGGUGAGGAAAGACUGGCAGUAACCUCAUGUCUGUUCUGGUCAGGUUAAGUUUGCCACGCACAGUUAGGAAGACUCUUCCAAUUCUCAGGGCUGCCUGUGGUGAAGGGACUGGGGGUCUGUAUUGGUGCACAGCCCAUUUCACAGGACGCCUGUCCCUAUUUCUGUAGGGCUGGUAGCCUGCCUGUGUCCAGCAGCCUGGGAGCAGUUAUGAGCUGGGCCACAGCCUCAGCAGCUCUGGAACUCCGGGCUGCUGUCAUAGUUUUCUGUGUCGUAGGAGUUCUCUUUGGAGUUUUCUCCCAUGUUCACAUAUAAAAGUGAUAUCAGUUAUAUCUGCAGUCUGCUCCGUUAUCUCUUUAAAUCAUUGAACUGUGGAAACAUAUUUUACAUCCCAGUAUAUUCUCAUGAGUCUUAUAAAGUACAAACUUUUCUCACUUUUGGGGGAAUUUGGAAUUAGUAUUAUGGCACACUUUACUAAGGAAAAACCUGAAAACUUCCCCUAACAACGUUCCAGGAUGUUUCUGCUGAUUUUCAUGGUGAAUGUAUAAAUACAGUGACAAUACUAAAAAGAGCACCCUGCCAAUCAUGUCAGCUCUUCAAGAAAUAUAAGAAGAUGGAUGCCGAUGUUAUGUGUGUUGGGUGUGGAUCACCAGUUGUUAACGUCUGAGAAGCCCAGAUGUGUUGGGAUGGUUUCUUGUUUUAUUUUAUUUUUUGGAGUAGGGGGACAUAGUAUGAGUCAGCCUAGUGGAUUAAUGUUGGAAAUCUGCAAGUGCUCAUAGCUUCUGCGUUUACAGAACCCUGAAAGAGAAACUACCUGUUUGCUGGUCUGAUAAUCCCUUUCCUAGUGGCCUUCCUUUUUGAGGAGUGACGUGGGGCUUCCUCACACUUUUCGCUUGGAAGGACUAUUGCAUACUCUGAAUUGUCGAAGUCUACCUUGCAGCACCUUUUUUCUAGCGAGCAUCCGCACGCCCGGCUUGCACACUGUGGAGGAUGCGGUUCACUGGGUGGGAAGACUGUCUUUAUGCAGUGGUUUGGGAGGAUUAAUUAAUUGAUUUUUAGAUGCUUUUACAAACCCUUUUGGUGACUCGUAUUUGCACACAUACUGAUGUCCCUUUUUGCCGUCUUCAGAGCUCUUUGAAAUGGAGGGCCACACUGGAGGCUUUGUUCUUUAUAUUCCAUUUACCAUCAUUUAGAAGAUACUAAUUUUAGAUGGGCUCCCCUCUACACACAGAGAGAGAAGCUGAAAUCUAUUCUGCAAGUGUGGGGGAAUCUUGCACGGCAACAGCCACACGGCCAGUGAAUACAUGAUGACCGGAGCCGGAGCCUGUGGGCCAGAGAGAAACGGGGCAGCCUGGGAGCCCUUUAUUCAGAACUGGGAUUGUGGGUUCCCUGCACACCUACUCCCUGCGGCCGCCCUGGGCCCUCUCCUUAACUCCUUCUUUUCCUUUCCCUGCUGUCUUUCUUUCCAUCCACUUCCUUAUCUCUUGCUGCCAUCUUCUCUGGCAAUUUUCAGCGAUACUUUAGCUUUAGAAGUGUUCCUCGUAAAGUUUUUGCACAGUUUUAAAAGUUAUAAUAUUUUGCAGCAUUUUGUGCUCUUCAGAGGACAAUUGCUCCAAAAUCUAAUAAGUCAUAAUAAACAUAGUUCUGGAGGAUGGGAUAGUGGCGAUGCUCUGGGAAUAAUAACUGCUUUGCUAGGGCUUCUGCAUGGUUAUUUGAAAGGGGUUUUUUUUUCCCCAUUAAAUUUUGCAUCUUUUGUAUAUGAGAUGGUCUUCAUUAUUGUGUUUUUAUGGUAUUUGGUUGGAUACCAACUCAAAUUAAAAAAAAUGCUGUGAGGUUCUGGAUAUUUCUAUUAACUUUCCUGUUAAAUAUGACACGUUCACCCAUACAUAUUUCUAUAAACUUAGUUCAAGGGUUUCAGUAAAAAUAUUUUUCCUCCUCCCAUUUGCUGUUCAUAAAACACUCGAGGGAGGAAUUGUUUCUGUGAUAUUUUAGAUGGGUUUUACAAUAAAUUGUAGAUAUUGUGGUGCACCGCAGUGCCUUUUAUUUCAUUUUCUCAGUAGACCCAGCGCAUCGAAAGAUUUUGUGUAUUGAAAAACUGCUUUUGAUGAGUAAUAAUCAUUAGUUUUUCUUUUUUUCUUCCAGUAGUAAAGGUGUAGACCCCAGCCCCCAGGGUUCCUGGUGCUUGUGAGCCGUCAGCGUGUCACACCCGUGUUGUGAGAGGUUUCCAUGCAUUACCUCCUGCGCGUGAAUGUGAGGGUUUAAUCAGCACAGCCUUCCUGAGCAUAAAUCACGCUGCCUUAAAUCCUUCUCGGAGGAACCAAGGCGGGGAUGUAAAUAAGAAAUAAAUAUUGACAUUAAACGUUUAAUCCCCUUGGUUUCCUGACAUGUGGCGUUGGGUCCCUUAUGCUCAUUCUUGCCUUUCUGGAACCUUCCAGGGGGACUGCCGGUCGUACGUUGAUGCCAUUGGGUAAAGAACCCCACAGUGGCUUUGACCUCAACAUCAAAACUUCCCAGCUCUAUACCUGCAGAGAGGGUGUGUCUUUUCUUUUGCUGUUAGAUUUCUCAACUAUAAAUUGGGAUGAUAAUACCUGGGACUGAUUCCUACCUUGUGGAGUUCAUGUGCUCAUUUCUCCAACUGCUGGCCCAUUCAUUUGUUUAUCUAUCCAAUACAUACUCAUUUUGAGUACUUGCUUAUUUCCAGACAGUUCAAGGACAAAGUAAAAGCAGCUAAGAAGGUCCUUGAGGUAAUGGAGCUCACGGUGUAGCGGGAGUAUUUUGAAGACUGAAGUGGUUAUCAAUAUUAACUUCAUAUGAAAUAUUUUAUUAUGCAUCCUGUGGAUGUAAAAAUUUCAUUGAGCAAUGAAAUAAAUGUUAUCAGGAUUGAAUAUGGAAAACAAAAAUUCCAUUUUCCAAUUCAUCUCAGCCGUCUCCUCCUCCAUGCCUCCCCGUGGUUUGGCAGCGACCUGCCUCUUGCCUCUGCCUCCUCCAGCGUCUGUCUGGCUCCUUCCUGCUCUCCAGCCAGCUCUUCCAUUCUGAGAUGGGGAGGCCACUCCUGUGCUGCGGCGUUGACACUGUCUUCACUGUCUUCAGGUUCUGCGUUUCAGACCUCGCCUCCACACCCACAUUGAACAAGCAAGCUUGCAUGAUAGGAAGCGUGCGUGAUAGGAAGCUUGCGUGAUAGGAAGCGUGCAUGAUAGGAAGUGUGCGUGAUAGGAAGCGUGCGUGUGUAACAUUUGUGGGGUGCUGGCCACCACCCUGCAGCCCUGCAGGUGCCUAAGGGUGCUGGGGCCUCCCAAAUCUUUCCCCACCUGACCAGGGGUGUGCGUCUCAGCUGUUCUUCCCCCUGACCUUCCCAUGAGCCAUCACAGGAGGGAGAUGGCGUUCUUUGGGCAGACCCAAUUCUAACAGGUUCCCCUUUCUUUAAAUCACACCACGUUGUAGCUGCGUCUUCCCCGUGCCUCUCACUGGGAGGGAAGGGGCUGGACAAGAAGAUGGACAGCUGUCAGGUGCACCUCUUCUAUCCAUAUCCCAAAGUCACAUUGGCACCUUUUAGAUUAUAAAACACGUUUAAGGGAUGACGUUCAUUAUUCUUUAUAAAUAUUAACUGUAGCAUUCUUCUGUUUUCAGUGUGCCCUUGCAAAGUGCCGAUAUCUGAUAAUAAUAACAAUAGCUAUAACAAUAAUAACAGCAGAAGGUUUGGAGUUUAAACUCCAUGGGGACAGGGGUUUUGUCCGUUUUGUUCAUUGCCUGUACAGGUAGUGUCUGGAACACUAGCAGUACUGCCUGGCAAAUGAUAGGCGCUCACUAAGUAUUUUAGAGUUGCUGAAUUGACUAUAUUCCUGACACACUCCACUUACAUUAUAUAAUUUCAGUUUUAUAGUUAUCUUAUUAUUCUCUUCAUUUAUAGAGUGAGGCUUACGGAAUUUAAGGUCCUAUAGAUAGUGCACACAGGUUGAUGUCAUAAGGUUACAGGGUAAGACAGAUAGGAUCAUGUAAGUUAAGCCCAGGAAGGUCUGACUCCUUGACCUCUCAAACCAUCCGUAAGUUGUUAAAGCUUUAGUUUUUGUCAUCUGUUUCCCUAGACUUCUUCUCGGAUUGUUGUGGCGGGGAAUAGCAGUGGGCUGGGAUUCGGGGUAGCUGCGUGAGCCCUGGCCUUUCCACUAGGCGGCUUCUGGGUGGCCGUUAGUGCCUCAGUUUCUUCAGACGUGUCAACAGUGAGUUCAGCCAAAGGAUCCUGAGAUCUGUUCUUGACUGAGAGUUGUGUGUCAGGGCGGUUCCUGCACCUUGGUGUGAAUCUUCCUGUUGCUGUCAUGUUCCAUGUAUGAAAUAAGAACAGUCAGGCCAGGUGCGGUAGCUCAUGCCUAUAAUCCUAGCACUUUGGGAGGCAGAGGUGGGUGGAUCACUUGAGGUCAGGAGUUCGCAACCAGCCUGGGCAACAUGGCGAAACCCCAUAUCUACAAAAAAUGCAAAAAUUAGCCGGAUGUGGUGGUGCAUGCCUGUAGUCCCAGCUACUCAGGAGGCUGAGGUGGGAGGAUCACUUGAGCCCAUAAAGUUGAGGCUGCAGUGAGCCAUGAUUGUGCCACUGCACUCUAGCCUGGGCAACCGAGAAAGACCUUGUCUUCAAAAUAAAAUAAGAACAGUCAUAUAUCUUACAUGCAUGCAUAUAUAUGUGUGUAUACAUAUAUACACACAGGCAAACAUAUGUACACACCUUUUUUCUGUUUGUUUCUGUUUUUCUCUUGCCAGUGACUGCAAGUAUUUGUAGGAGAGGCUGAGUGUCCUUGCUCACAUCAAGCUCAAGGGUGAGAGAUGUUUUUGGAAACAGUCCUCAUUCUGAAUAACUCACCAUGCAUCUCAUUUAUGAAUUAGACUGAAGCCUUCUUUUAUUUAUUUAUUUAUUUAUUUAUUUUUGAGACGGGGUUUCACUCUUGUUGCCCAGGCUGGAGUGCAGUGGCGUGAUCUCGGCUCUCUGCAAACUCUGCCUCCUGGGUUCAAGCGAUUCUCCUGCCUCAGCCUCCCGAGUAGCUGGGAUUACAGGCAUGUGCCACCAUGCCCGGCUAAUUUUGUAUUUUUAGUAGAGACAGGGUUUCUCCAUGUUGGUCAGGUUGAGCACCUCAGGUGAUCCGCCCACCUUGGCCCCCCAAAGUGCUGGGAUUACAAGCGUGAGCCACCACGCCAGGCUGACUGAAGCCUUCUUAAACAGGCUUAUACUUUGCUUGGAACUCUCCUCAGCUACCCACCGGUUACUGCUGUAUUUGCAGCCUUGCACGUGAGAGAUGGAAGCAGAAGUUUCCCCGUGGGCACUCAGGAUGCUACUGGGUGCAGACAUGCCCCGUAGACUAAGACUCGUUUCUCUGGACACCCUCUAACUGCCACGGGCAACUGUGACUCGUGAUGGAACUCCCACCAGCGAGGUGUAGACGUGUAGUAGAGUCGUCGUAGGCAGCUCCUAUAGCCACCUGUGCGGGGUACGUUGGAAGCUCUAAGAUGACUAAGAAUUGGCAAACUGGGACAUGAAAUCACAGUGAUCUGGGAAAAGCGUCGACAUGGAUGAUAUCUGGUUUGUUUUCUGUACAGGGGGAGUGUGUUCUUGGAGUGAGACUAACUGAGAAGAUCUUAUCCAAGGCAGGGACCAGGCUCUGCCUCCCCGAAGAGCCCCUCAGUAAAGGCAUCAGGAUGAAGACUAGAAAAGUCUGUGCGUUUCUGCAGGGUUUAGUGCUGGGGAAGGAGCUAGGAUUUGGGGGGAGGGGAGUGUCUUCUUAAGAAAAAAGUACAAAAUCAUGAAUGCAAAAUCAUGAAUGCAAAAUUAAGUAUGAGGGUGACUGCUUGUUUAGUAUGAGAAAGAAAUCACAACAGAACAAAUCUUAAAAAACUGAAAAUGUGGCAGAAUCUCAAAAAAUAACUUGAUUGUUAAUUUGUUGCCUGACACGUCUGUUUUCCUGCAUCUCUGGCUGCACAGGAAGGUAAUUCAGUCAUUCCUUUAGCCUGGGUCGUGGGAAGUGGUUGUUUAUUCCUGAUGGCUGGGUCCACGAAAUACCUGGCCUCACGCACUGUCCAGCUUCCCCUCUGCAGUCUGCACAAGGCUGCAGGCCCACGACGCUGCCCGGGCAAAGAGGCUUGGGGCUGGGAUGCGGCCACGCAAGAUGGGAGGUGGCCGCGGUGUAACCUUCCCCUGGCCAGGAAGAGCAAGAGUGCUGUAGUUCUGCCAUUUUGGAAGCCCACAUGGACACAGGGUCCCCAGGGCUCUGGAAGGGCCAGCGCAGGCCAGGGGCCCUGAGGCUUCACCUGCGUGUAGCAAUCCACCUCUGUUUAGGGCCCUGCCAACUAUGAUAAUUGUCCUUGUUAUGUGAGUAAUUGAUGCUUCUGUAUUAAUGUUUUUAUUUUAUUUUAUUUUGAUUAAAAUCUCAGGGGAGCCUCAAAUGCAUUUCUUAAGAAAUUAUAUAAUGAUUUCAUUAUGGAAGAAUAUGGACACCUUGACCAUGUGCUUGGUUAAAUUUGCAAAAUUAAAUUUUUGUUUUAAACUUUUGGUUAUGAAAACAUCCUUACCCUCUUGAACAUAUCUCCUUGAGUGAGAUUAAAGUCCCAGUCCUUUGUUUUUUUAAGAGACUGGAUCUGGCUCUGUCGUCCAGGCUGGAAUGCAGUGGCACAAUCAUCGCUCACUGCAGCCUUGAACUCCUGUGCUCAAGGAAUCCUCCCACAUCAGCCUCCCAUGUAGCUGGGACCACAGAUGCGUCCUACCACACUCAGCUAAUUUUUAAAUUUUGUUUUGUAGAGGCAGAGUCUUGCUGUAUUGCCCAGGUUGGUCUCAAACUCCUGGCCUCAAGCCAUUCUCCUUUCUUGGCCUCCCAAAAUGUUGGGAUUCUAGGCAUGACCCACCAUGCCUGGUAGAUUUUAGGUUUCUUCUUCUCUGAUAGGACAUGUACAUUUAUGUUGGAAGCAGAGAACUCAAAGCAUUGAAUACGAGGAGGUACGCGAUGGGUGUUGGGGGCAGCCCAGCAUGCUUCCACCAUUUCGAGAAAACUCUGUUUCUUGAUGUUUCUAACAUGUGUGGCAGGGUUGUGGUCAUUUGUUUCCCUGCUUUUCUUUGUUGAAUGUGAUGAAUAUGGUAAAAAUAGGAUUAAAGUGUUUGAUGUCCCCUCCUUGAGCCCAGUGAUAGAAUUUAUCCUUCAAAGAUAAAUUAUGAACUUUUGACCUUAGGGAAUAUAAAUAUCCUUGGAGAGUUUAACGUUUUAAGAAGUCAAUUAUAGUUUUAAUAAGCAAAGCUAAAAUUUGCUUACCAUUGCCUAAGUACGGAUUUAGUUUUAAAGGCUACCCUCUCUCUUACACAUGGUUUUAGGAUCUCAAUUUCUGCCUGAAAGUGAUAUUUCUUACAAAUUUUAAGGAUAGUGAAUCUUACAGAUUUUAAGGAUAGUGAAUCAGCUUUUAAAGAAAAAAAGGCAUUGCUCCUUUUUUUUUUUUUUUGACCUUUGGUCAAGCUUGAAAUUUUAGUGAGUUAUAUAGAUAAUUGUGAAGUGUAGAAUUUCUGGCUAGGGGCCUGUGAGUACCCAAAGAGGGUUGGGUUGCUUGUGUGCUGCGUCCUGCAGUGGGUCCUGCCCCCAGGUGCACCGCGAGCCUUUCCUUGCUGUGAACAGUGAGAUUUUAUGAUCUCAGUCCAUGGGUUUCUCUCAGCUGGAGCACACUGUUUCUCUCCACGUAGCAGCAGCACAGGUUCCUGUUUUGACAUUGUGUCAGCUGGUCCUCCUCCCCAGUGGGGGCGCCCGUGAGCUCCUCUGAUGCUUCUGGUUGGUCCCCCACUUAGUUAUGUGCCUGUGACUGCGUGGACACUCCCUGCACGAGGGAUUCCUCUUCUCCUGUACCGUAAGGUACUUCAACAAAAGGAUCCCAUUGCACAAUGUUGCAACCAUUACAAGACACAAACCUACUCAAUUUUGAUCUUAAGAAUCAGUAAUUUUUAACAGGUUUAAAAACCUGCUAUUUAGUUAAAUGCAUUCAGAACAGUGGCUCAUUUGGGGGUGUUUGUCAUUUGUAAGUACGUGGUUUGGUGUAGGAAGAUGGAAUCCACCUGCUGGGCUCUAGGGGCUCCUGCUGGGGUACCUGCACCAUGGGCAGAGCCCUCAUUACAUUUUCUGGCCAUGGGACAGUCAUUCGCCUGUUGGCUGCUCCAUGACAAUUUUGUUUUCUAUCAUCAGUCACAGGUAUUUAUUGAGCACGUGUUGUUUUGGAUGCUGGGAACACAGUUUCAAACAAAACACGUUCCCAUGGAAGUGGGUCGUCUCUCUAGUACACACCCAAGUGCUCUGCAGCUUCUGGGGUCCAGAGUCCGGAGUGGGCCGGGGGUCUGCUCCUGCAGUCCCGGCAUGUUUCUGGGAUUGGAAGAGCUAUUCUAUCUCUCCCCUGUAAAAGCGAUCGGUAGCCUUGUUGUGAGCUUGCAGUUCAGAUGGCACCAUAGGACUGGCUAGCUGGGGCCUGGCUCUCCUGUGCCAUCUGGGUGGCUACUUGCUGCAUCGCUGAUUGGGGCAGGUAAGUCUCCCCCUCCGCAUAAGGAGUCACGGGCCGGGGGUUGACGGGGUGUGCGUCUGUGCCUGCAGGUGGGCAAGAAAGCCUGGGGAGAGAGUUGAUGUCCGUGGAUGGGAAGGGCCGCGCUGGCCAUUUCAUUCUAUACCUGGGCUACUAAUGUUUAUUCCAUUUUGUUUAUGGUUCUUUUAGCCAACUUCUUCCUUACUUAGUGACAUUCAUAACAAAUCAGUACAAAUUAAAACCAUAAACAAACCAAUAGUUAAAACAACAUACAUUUAUUCUCUCCCAGUGCUGGAGGCCAGAAGCCUGAGAUCAAGGUGUUGGCAAGGCCAGCCUCCCUCUGAAGUCUCCAGAGGAGAAUCCUUCCUCCCCUCUUCCAGCUCCUGGUAGCUCCUGGCAGUCCUGGGUGUCCUUGGCUUGUGGUGCAUCACUUCAGUCUCUGCCUUCUCCGUGUGUCCUCUCCUCUGUUGUAAGGUCACCAGUCUUUGGACUUAGGACCCAUCCUGAUCUAGUAUGACCUCACCCCAGCUUAACUAAUUAUAUCUGCAAAGACCCUAUUUCCAAACAAAGUCACAUUGUGAGGUUCUGGGAGGAUAUGAAUUUUAGAGGACACUAUUCAACCCAUGAGAGAUACCAAAGGAGAAAAUUACAUUAUGUCCUGUCAUUUGGGCAGCAGCCUUUAUUGAGGACUGGAGGUAGAGAAGUAACCCACUCUGAAUCACAGAUGUGCUCAGGAUACUUUGUCAAGAAAACAGCCAUUAAUUUGGUUUGAUAACCAAUAGUUGUGGAUAACCCAUAGUUGUCAUUGAUAAUAAGCAACUCACAGAGUAUCCUCUUGACCAUGUGGUGUUUUGACUUUGGCCAUUGCUGGCCCCACAGUGACACACGAGCUGGCUGGUCCCAGCAGGGAGUCAUCGCAUCUACAGGCACUUACUCAGCAGCUGCAAGGAACCUAUCACUUUACCAGGUGGGGAGGGUGUCACAAAAGAAAGGUCCCCAAUUGCUUACCCUCAAGAAACUUGCACUGUUUUGAUUCCAUGGUACAUGUUGAAGCAAACUGAGGUCAGUAAAUAGGUGGACCAUUUGUCAUUCUGAAUACAUUUCCAUGAAAUUCGGCAGCUCAUUAGCAAAAUAUUUCUUUUAUUUGGUUUGGGCAUAUUGAUUUGGAUAUCAUCUUCAAACAAAAUGGUAGCUGAUGUCUGCUACAUAGGGUCCAGCUUUGGUAGAAUAAAUAUCAGCAGAGCUGUCGUUAUUAGAUUUGGUAAUGACAGAGAUGUGGGCAGUUCAGCAGUGAGCAGUGGUGACUUAAAGUGGGAGAGGGUUGGGUGAAGGGUACUAGCUGAUUGUUGCUUGGAUUUUAUGGCCAUAAUGCGUGGUGUUUCCAUAGCUUAUACUUAUUAGUUUGAAGCAGAUCUGUUCCUAGUAUCCGUGGGUCCUGAGUCUUGAAAUUCUUUGCUUUCCAAUUCUGUCUUCCUCCACCCCUAGAGGGGCCUCCUAGUGAACAUGUGUUGCUCUAUCCUGCAUGUCACUCUGCUGUCCCUGAGGUGUACACACUGGGGGUGCUGUGGUCAUGCAGAGAACAGCCCGGGGGAUGGGGCCGGUGAGGUCUGGAGGCAGAUCAGAGAGGUCCUGGGUGCAGAUACCUGGAGCACAGCCUAGGAUGCAGCUGAGGCAUGGCUGGCACCUUUCUGUGGGGUUCUGAGGCCAGUCGGGGACAAGAGGGGUACUGCAGGCUUACCCGGGCUGGCCCAUUUUAACUCUUCCUGGACUUUUGUAUCACCCCUGGGUAAGGUUGUCAUUCACACCGUAAAGUGGUGUAGCUCUGAUGGUUUCCAGUUCAUUCUUCCAACAGCCAUUGUUGAGUGUCUGUCGUAUCUGAGGCAUUCUACUGGACAUUUUGAGAAAUGCAAUGAUGAGCAGGACGGAUCUUGCCCUCAGUGAGCUUGCAAGUCUUGGGGAAAAAGACGCGUGUGUAUACCUCUCUUAAUGAAGUGGAAAGUGAUAGAUGUUACGGGGGCAUUCCAGAUAACUUGUUAUGGGGAGUCAAAACCCAGAAAGAUACUGCUUGUCUGGGUGGGCUGAGGGGUGGGGAAGAUGAGGAGAUCAGGGGCUUUGUGGAGCAGCAGCUUGUGUGUGGUUUGAAGGAUGAAUCAAUGUCGGUUUGUCAUUGUAAGCAGCAGUUGGAAAAGGGUCUCCUCCUUGUGGCAUUUGUUCGUGGAUUCAGUAGGACUAGCUGAGGAAUGUUCAGAUUUAGGAGAAUGACAGGCACCAUGUAUUUUCACCUGUAACAUCAAUCUUUUGACUUAGCAACCCUAAAUUAGCCUGAGAGUCCAACAUUUUUUUAUGUACUGUGUGUGCAUAGUCCUCCUUUGAGUUUAACUUGGAUAGUUUUGCCUUUCCUCAACAUUAUUAAUAGGGUCUUGGUACAGACUUUUCAGUUAUAACACAAUAUGUACGUCCUGAAGGAACAGGGCUUAUGGAAAAAAUAGAGCUGGGGCCAGGCCGCUCAAACUCCAUGUAGCUUGGAAACAGUAUAAAAAAAUACAUGAUACAUUUCUAAUACAUAAAGCAAUAUUAUGGUAAGUAUGGGGUUUUAUAUUAGGAAAAAGCUUGUUGGAAGGGGAUGAGGUUGCUUGACUAGCUAGAUCGGAGCAGGAAGGAGCAAGUGGAAAGCAGGUUGAAGACAGCGUGGUGGAGCUUCACUGUGGGGGGAAUAGGCAUCGUGCUCGGAGUUCCGGGUUCCCUUGCACCCCAGAAAAUUCUGAGGCUGGUGACCUUUGCUGUCGGUGGCCCUUCCAUCCACGGUUGUGCCCCUUUUAACUCUUCCUGGACUUUUAUAUCACCCCCGGGUAAGGUUGUUAUUCACACCGUAAAGUGGUGUAGCUCCGAUGGUUUCCGGUUCAUUCUUGCAACAACCAUUUUUGAGUGUCUGUCCUCUUCAAGGCAUUCUACUGAACAUUUUGAGAAAUGCAAUAAUUUCUUAAAUGCAAUGAUUUCUCAGUGAUGUGGUGCAUUCCUGUGCUGGAAAAAGCAUGUGUGAACCCAUGGGCUGUCACCUAGACUGAUAUGACAGUGGCCCCCUGUUGGCUGGUGGAGGAGGCGCUGGCCUGGUUACAGAGCCUGCCUUCUGGCAGGUAGACCAGGCCGGCUUUCUCCAGUGCGGUUGGGCCAGAACCCCGGGAUGGUGAGCCUUUCUUUGUGGUCGUUGCUCUGCCAAUCUUGAGUCCAUCUUUGCUUUUUGCUGGCAUAAAGUGCUUUGGGUAUGCUGUGUUCUGCAGGCUCAGUGCAGCGUUGAGCUUCAGUGCCCCGUGUUUCCUGGGGGAUGAGGUUCCCGGUGAGUCUCCCUGUUAUGACUUGAGACAGUGGAUAAUAGUUACAAAAGGAGGCCUUGGUUUAGUGAGAGCUGGUUCAGGUGGCUGAAAAACACGACCGUUUGACCGAAUUCCUUUCAAAGAUUUAUAAUCCAGCCCUAAAUAUGUGAACGUUUCUCUCUUCUCUCUCCUCUCUUUCUCUCCACCUUCCCCCAUCUCUCUCUCUUGUCUGUCUCUCCCUCCCUCUUUCUGCCCACAUGCCCCGUCUUUCUCUGUCAACACUGAAGGAGAGAACUCUUUUAAAAGUUAAUGAAUGAGUUGCAGUGGAACCCUAUUAGAUUUUCCUUCCAUUAAAUGCCUGCUACAGACUUUUAGUGGAUGUUUUAACUAGGCAUUGUUAUCAAAAGGACUAUUGCACAAAUUAAAACCAGGCCCACAAUCUGUGAAGAGAAACCGGAUUGACUUUUUGCCUUCAGGUAAAAAAGAAAAAUGCACGGAGGAGUUGAACUCCACAUUGGUAUUUUUAGAAGUUGGAUGCGGGAAAUAGCCAGUGCCACCUGAAGCUGUGGAAACAAACAGGAGCUUGGACUUUGCAGGCAUACCUCUUUUUAAAGUGAAGACAUUUUCAGGAACCCCUGGAUUUUUAAGGGUAUGUCAGUGUUAAUUUUUAACUAUGUAAUUGGUAUUUUAAAUAUCUUUUUAGUUUGUACGAUGCUGCUGUGCGUGUCCCAUUUUUAAACCUGUGAAGCUCUCUUAAAAGGAAAAGGUCAGGCUUUCCAGGUGCCCGCUGCACCAGACGUGGGCUGUCUCCUUGCAGUCACCGCAAGAAUGGAGAAUUUUUAAAACUGCCAGAUUUUUAGUUUCUUGUUUUGUUCUGAUUGAUUUUAUUUUAGCAAAUUUACCCCUUUGUCCCUAUAAAAUUUGCUUAGUCAAAUGACAGAUUUUGUGUUUCACAUCCGGGAAGUCGUUGUCUUAUCCAGGCAGGUCCUGGAGUGUUCUUCUAUUUCUCCAUCCACAGCUUUAUGAUAAAGUCACUGUCAGUUUCUAUCAUAAAUUAUUCAUAAUCAUGGUGCUUAACAAAAGAUCCCAAGUUCUCAGUGGAUGCCCACUGUAUGUACCAUAACAGAAAAAAAGUUGUGUUUUCUUGUACUAAGUGUCGUUCUGAUUAGUCUUAGUGUUAAAUCUUGGUUAGCACUUGGCUCUGACGUCCACAAAUACAAUGCUCUGAAUCAAAUAAGUGCCAGGGAGUGGGCUUCCCCUCUCCCCCAACAAACACCACCUCGCCGCCCUUCCAGGCACGUCACCAGCUCCGAAGCGCCUUUACCUUAUCAGCGUGGAUUCAACCAAGACCUGCGCUUCACGUUUUGCUUCUCGAAAGACGACAUUUUGAAAAGAAAGUCAAACAGAGCAUUUGUUAGUUGGGCAUUUCCUACGAAAGACCAGCUCCAGUUCUUUGGAAGGAAAUUGGCCAGAUGCAUGCACUGUUCAGGGCUUGUCUUAGUGCUAAAAUGUAGCUAACGUGUGUGGCAAAGGUGAGGAAGUCCUGUGAGCUUCAUAGUGGGAAGCGUCUCUUCUCAUCUCAGGGCAGUGGGGGUGAUGAUGGGGGCCCUGGUUCUCUGUUCAACCUCUGAUGGGGUGUUUUUGGUUUCUGGUGUGUGUGUGUGUGUGUGUGUGUAGGGGUGUGUGUGUGUGUGUGUGUGACAGAGAGAGAGAGAGAGGUAGGUCAUAUCCCUGUAUCAGGUCCAUCAAAACACACCCCAGUGCAGAACUCUUGAUCCCUUGAUUGCCUGCAAGCUCACAGCACACAGUGAUAAGUGAAAUCUCUGAGAGUAGAUUUAAUUUUAUGAGCUGUAUUAUCCAAGAAUACUAAGCCGUGGAGAUCAUGCUCAAGUCAUGGGGUUUAAAGGGGUGAUGGCUUCAGUUCUCUGUGUGGGGGAAGAAAGCCUGUGGCCUUUUUUUGUUUUUAGGCACAAAGCUAGUUUAAUUGAAAGAAUAAUUUGAUUUGCUGCUGCUACAGCAGAAGAGCUUGAGAUGUGGCAAAUUUUCUCUCCUUUCACCCAAACUCAAGAAUUUAAUGCUAGCAGGUGAACUUCUGAAGGCUGCUAUCAAGUAUACAGAGACAAUAACUGUCUUAAAAGCAGAAUUUUGUCAAUAUUUUUUGCUGUGGGCCAAAGAACAUUCACAAUAAUGGAGUACUAAAGCCCUGCUUGAAAAUGCUGUAGAGGGAGCGGGAGUGGAGGAUUUAUUCCAAGUUUGAGCCUGCAGUGUUUUGGUGGUAUAUAUGAUUUCUGAAUAAUCUUUUUGCUCGAGCAAAUGGAGGCACCCAGAUAUAAUUUUCUGUUCAGGAAGAGCAUUUGGUAGGCAUUGCUACCCAGGGUUGCUGAACUGGAAGUGCCCUAGCCUGUAGUUUCUUUUCAGUUGCCGCAUCGACCCACCACCGACCGUACACCUUCACCAAAUGCCAGUGUUUUCUGACAGAUAAAACAGGAGGUGGAAUGGCCAGGAGCGGGCCAUGCGGUCAGGGCUGAGGCGGUGGGCCUGCUGCUGGGAGAGGUACCCCAGAGGGCCACACUGCUCCUGCCAGGGGGGGCUGUGCCUCUUCUCACAGUGAGUGGAGUCCCUUUGCCCUUGGUUUUAAACAUGCCAUUUCACCAUGCUUUUGUAGAAAGUUGGUUAAACAGCAAAUUGCACAACCCACAAAAUGUAAUGGCCUUUAUGACUUAAAACAGAUGCUAGAUUCAGUUGCGUGAAUUGCCUUGCCCCUUAAGUUAUCUUACUUUGAAAAGAACGAUUCCCUGAAAUUUCACUUUGGAAAACACUGUUUCCCUCAUUCUGCUUACGAGAACUGGUGCCUACAUUUUUAAUGCUAUUGCAGUAAAGCGAUUUUCUGAUAUAGAUAGAGGUGAAGCCAUUUUUGUAAUUUUUCCAGUGUUCUCCGUAUUUGGUAUAAUUAGAAGGGAGAGACGGAGGAGCAGUCACACACUCAUAUGUGAGCACACACACACUCAUCCACAGCAGAGAAGCACAGCUUUGUCCUUCUUUUGAAGUGUGAAAAAUAUCAGUGACCUUAUCAUUAAAUAUACUUGUUGCUGUAUUUAUUUGAAAUGUUCAGACUUUACUUUUUUUUUUUUACUUCCUGUUCAUUUUAGUGGAAAAGGGUGAUAGCAAAAGGUUUUAUUUAUUCAGAGCCACAGUGCAGGCAAAGUGAAAGUAAAUCCUAGGCUUCCGGUGCAUUCAGAAACCACAGUAAGAAAGCACUGUUUUCUCAAAUAUAAAGAUAAGCGCACUAGCCAAAUAAUUUUUUUGAGGAGGUUGGAACAAUAGAAGCCAUCUAGAACUAUUAUUUGAGGCUAUAUAUGAAAAAUAUAUGCGAGCUUACAAAAAUGUUUCUCGUACUGGAAACUGUGUAUCCAUCAGGCAGACAAGACUUUCAUCAUGUUUAUAGACAGUGAUAGCAAUGUAGCUCUGUCAUAAUAUCAGUGGCCUCAGUCAUUGUAUUCUACUUCAAGUAUAAGGUUCUGAUUCUGGUGCAACUUAAUAAUUCUGUUUUUACUGAAGACUUUUUCCCUUCAGAAAUAUCAUAUGAUGAAGUUGCCUGUGGAAGGUGAUCGAAGUGUAUUCACCCUCAGGUUCAUCUGGAAAGUCCUAGACUGCGGCCCACAUGUUUCCUUCACGCUCACCUUCGUGUGUAUUUCAGGCAUUACCUUGUGAUUGUUUAGAUACUCUUAUCAUUAUACAUAAUCCAAGGGUUAUUUAUCGUAAGAUAGACUGAGUAAUGCUGAACUCACAAAUAUGGGGCUGAAAAUGUAAACACAUUUUUGUAAAUCCAAUUGACAGUUAAUUGGCCCACAUUAAUGGAGAGUUGAAGUGAAAGAAAAUAGAAAACCACAAAUUUCUAAAAGAAAUUUUUUCCCCUCAUUUGGAAUCCAUUUUAUAUGUUUAUUGGAAGCUAACGUUUCAGUUAACUAUGACAUAUAGAUAUACGUUUACUUGCCUAAUUAUACUUGCUGUUAACAAUACAUCAUGUGUUUGCCUGUGCGUCCAGCUUUGCGAGUGUGAUGGUUUAAUUACCCUCUGUGGUGUCUGCACGCUCUGCUAAGUCUUGUGUGGGGGAACGGUUAGAAAUAGCCGCAGAGGCAAGGAUUCAGAAGCUGGUGUGCAGUGAAGCCAUAGGGUCACCCACCAGCAGCAGUACCAGGCGAGCCACCUCCGCGUGGGAGGAGGCCCAGGUGUCUGCUUCCUAGCGCGGGGCCUGAGCCGGGCACCCUGGGGUGGAGAGGCUUGGAUGGGAGCCCCAGAUCUGGGCCACUGUGGUCCCUGGGCUACUCGGGGAAAGCCGGGUCCUUCACCGCCCUCCCGCCCAUCCGGGGCUCCGGGCUCCAGGCCGUGGCUGCUCUCUGUCCCUUGUCCCUGUGGCCACCCAGGCCCCACCUGCUACCCGGGCAGGCUGCUCAGACACACCCUUCCUAGUGGUCUUCCUGCAACUCCUCCCGUGGAGACCCCGGAGCCACACGGGUUGAGAGCCCUGGGUGCCUCGCCAGCCCCCACGGGGUCCUGGGGAGAGGAUCAUGCCCUGUGGCUCGGCAUCGCUCUCACCCCUGUGGCGGGUGGGGGCAGCUGGCCUUCUCCCUGCCCUACCCCUGCGGUAGGUGGCGCAGGGUGCAGGUGGGUGGGUGGGGGGAACAGAUGACUUCCUCCUCAUCUAACUCCUGCAGUGGAUGGGGGUGGCUUUGGGGGGGGAAGGGUAGGUAACUUCCUUCUCAUCUCACCCCUGAAGUAGGUAGGGGCAGGUGACCUCCUCGCCAUCUCACCCCUAUAGUAGGUGGGGGGCACAUGACCUCCUCCCUACCUCACCCCUGCAGUAGGUAGGGGUGGGGGUAUGACUUCCUCCUCCUCGCCUCACCCCUGUAGUAGGUGGGGCGGGGGUGACUUCCUCCUCCCUGCCUCACUCCUGCAGUAGGUGUGUUGUGUGGGGGUGACUUCCUCCUCCUCAACUCACCCGUGCAGUAGGUGGGGGACGCAUGACCUCCUCCUUGCCUCACCCCUCCAGUUGGUGGGGGGCGCAUGACCUCCUCAUCUCACCCCUGCAGUAGGUGGGAGGGUUGACUUCCUCUUCCUCGUCUCACCCCUGCAGUUGGUGGGGGGCGCAUGACCUCCCCAUCUCACCCCUGCAGUAGGUGGAGGACGCAUGACUUCCUGCCUCACUCCUGCAGUAGGUGGGGGGGGGUGGGGGUGACUUCCUCCUUCUUGCCUCAUCCCUGCAGUUGGUGGGGGACGCAUGACCUCCUCGUCUGACCCCUGCAGUAGGUGGGGGGUGACUUCCUCCUCCCCCUCUCACCCCUCCAGUAGGUGGGGGGGGGACCUCCCCGUCUCACCCCUGCUGUAGGUGAGUGGGGUGACAUCCUGGCUGGCCCUGCCAGGCUCUUCCCUGUCCCCAGUCGCAAAGGUACUCUCCCAGCCUCCACGCUCCACGCCCACACCCUCGCCCCACUUGCCCAGCCCCGGCAGGAGCUUCUCCCCGCAGAGUCCCCAGUGUUUUCUAGAAGCUUUGCCUCCCCCUGUGGGCUCUCUCUUCCGUCCCGCUCUGUACCUGGCAGGCGGCCUGUCCUCCCUGCAGCGAGGGGCCAGGGUGGGCGCAAGCCCUCCUGCCCUCCCCGCGUGGACGUGGACGGGGCGGCGCGGGCCGGCCCAGGGUCUGGGGUGCCUGCAGCGUGCUGGGCCAGCCAGGCGAUAGAGGGUCGGCUCAGCCAGUGCCCAUGGCAGCACCUGCAUGAGGUCCCCGCUUCCUGGAAACUGAGCCCGGGAACGGCCUUGGCCCGGGGAAAGCAGGGCUGAGUGCAUCUCCCCUCUGAGAGCGUGAGGAGCUAGGAGAGCUCGCGGGCCGGGCCUUUACCGUCCGGAUGGGUCUGGGAUGAAGGCCACAAGUCACCCAGACCGGGACUGGGUCAACAGUGGCUUGAUGUCCUGGCACAGACGAGGGUCCAGGAUGGAUUCGAUUCCUUCGGUGCCUGUGGGAGGGCGGAGGCCUGGCCGCAGUUCUGCAGCCGACGAAGGGUGGUCUGAAGACCCCCGACACCUAUUUCAGUGCCUGUGCCCUCAAGAUGUACCAGCCCCGGGCGUGUUUGCGGGGACAUGCCUCUUUGCAAUGAGUGUAGUAGUUAACCCCAUGCACAGGAGUUAUUUAGACCACACUCUGCUAUUUUUGUAGGAUCUUUUAAAAAAUUACUUUGCUUUUGUCAGUGUGUUCUUCUAUUUCUUUUUACUGGUAAAGUCAAUUACUGAAGAAAAAUAAUUUCGAACUAGAAAUUAUCUUUUUAGCUUGAAAUAAAAAUAUGGGCAAGGAGCUUCUAAAUUAUCUAAUAUUUUUUCCUCUUUGCAAAAGUGUUAAUAUUAUAUGGAAAAAUUGGAAAAACACAGAAAAACAAACAAACCAAAAAAGCAUUAUUCAAGAUCCUCCUACCCCAAUGUAGCUUACUGUGAACAUUCUUAUCUGAAUUCUUUCAGGGUUUUUUUCUUUCUUUUCUUUUUUGCUCUACAGAUAUUUUUCAAACAAAGAUGGGAUGAUGGUAGUAUUUAUUGGCUUGCUUUUUCACUCACUAAAUGGUGAACAGCUUUUUACACAAUUCUUUAUACAUUUUCAUUAUUCUUUCUUUAGGGUUUUUUUUUUUUUUUUUUUUUGACAUUGCUUGGUCAAGCUUUGGCACUUACUGCAAAUCUGUUUUCAAAAUAUAUCCGUCUAUCUUUCCAUUUCUAGUGCAUGAAAACGAUCAUAUUCCUGGGCCUUUGCCAGCAUGGGUAUUUUUUAAUUUGACAAUCUUUGCCAGUUUAGUAACUGUGAAGUAGUGUUGUUUCAGCUUGCAUUUCUUGGAUUACACGUGAGGGGGGAGCAAUUUUUCCAUAUGUUUUAUGAGACAAAGGUAUUUUUUCCUUUUUGAAUUAUUUUCGGUCAUGUUAUUUGCUAAUGUUUCUGUUGCUUUGUUCCAUCAUCUUACUCAUUUGGAAAAGCUGGAAUAAAGGUGUUAACUCAUCGCUUUAGCAUCUCUAUACUUGCAGUCUCCACCUUCUGUUGUCUUUUAAGAUUAUGCAAGUGAUACAGGCUUAUUUUAGAAAAACUUGAACAAAGAAAAAAAUUUAAAAAUUAAUGAAACUUAUUUGAAAUCCCAUCAUCCAGAAAUUACCAAAAUUGAUAUUUGGGUGUAUAUUCUUCUGGAUCACUUCCUAUGCAGAUCUAUUAACGUCUGUCUGUCUAUCUAUAUCUAUCUCUGUCUCUGUAUCUAUUUAUCUGUCUAUCUUUGUCAUUUUCAGUGCAUGUAUAGUAUCCCAUUUUGUUGUUAUGCACAAAUUAUUGGAGAAAUCAACCAUUGUUGGAGGUGUGGUUUUCUCCCACUUUCAUAUUGUAAACAGCUGUGUAAUUAAUAUCUUUGUAUGUAUAUCUUGGCCAUAGUCUCAUCAUUUCCUUGAUAAAUUCCCACAACUAGAAUUACCAGGUCAAAGGUUUUGGAUGUUUUAAAUUAUUUUGUUGCGUGUACUGCCAACUGGCCUUCUGGGAAGGUCGUGCACAUUUUCAAUCCCACCAGUGACAUGCAUUUCUCUGGGUUAUGGCAUUUUUUGAUAUAUUGAGUUGUUUUUAUGUAGUUUAAUUGGUCCUUUCUUGCAUAGUUUCUGCUUUUAAAGUGAUGUUUAAAGGUGCCUUCCAAUUCUCAAGAUUAUGUAAAUAUUCAGUUUUAUUUUUAUGAAUUGAUUGUUUUAUGUUUAAGUAUUUGAUACAUCUAAAAUUAAUUUUGGUAUAUGGUGUGGGAAGGGCAUCUCACUUUAUUAUUUUUCUAAAUGCCAUUUAUUUAAAAAUCUAUUUUUCCUAAUUGGAAUUCUAAAUGCUAACUUCAUUGUACACUAAGAAUAUAGAUAUAUGUGUAUAUGUAUAUAUUUGCAAUUGUCUUUCAAAUUCCAUUUUGAUUUCAAUGAACAAUCUGCCUCUGUUCCUGCCCUGUGUCCCCUUGUUUUAAGUACUAUAUCUAUAAAAUACAAUUUAAAUUAUAUAGCUUUCUACCCCCCACCGUGCCCAUUACUUUUCUUUUUUCAAUGACUACUUUUUUCUGUUCUCCUAAAGAAACUUUAGAAUCAUUUUUGUCACACCUUGGGUAAUUUGACUGAAAUGGUAUUUAAUAAGUUAAUUCUGGAAUACUCAGCAUCUUUAUAGUGGUAAAUUUUCCAUUCUAAAAACAACUUUGGUAUAUUUUCAAGUUUAUUCAAAUCUUAUUUGCUACUAUUAAGUUUUGUGAGUUUUUUCAGAGGUAAUCGCCUAGGUUAUUUAUUUAUCUGUUUUUGUGAUUUUCGCCUUUGUGAAUGGACUUUUCUGUUAUAUUUUAACUGGUUGUGUAUUGAGAUGCUGUUGAUUUUGGGAAUCUUUCUGAUUAGCUGUUUGUAUUAGCAGAUGCUGUUGUUUGCCUUUGUAUGUGGUAGCUAGAUUUCAGUACUAGAUUUUAGUACCUUUUUAUCAUGACCUUCUCUUGUGGCUUUUCUAUUUUGAGAAAAUACCGUAACUCUUCAACAUUGCUGAAUCAAUGGGGAGUGUUUGGAUUUUUAAAAAAUCGAAUAUCAGUUGACAAUGAUGCCUUAAAGCAUCUUCUGCAAAUAAAUAAUCAAUGGUUAAAAUCAGCCCAGGCUGCAGCAGCAUGGGAACUCCCGCUCUUCAGCGGAGGUUUGGGAAGCAGAAAUUUUACUUGGCUAGUGUAGAAUCAGUGAGAUACUGGGAUUAUUUACCCUGGAAAAGGAAACCAUCUUCAGGUCUGUGAAGGCUGACUGUUUAACAAGUGAAAUCUUUUCAGAGUGAAUUGGCAGGAAAAGGGGCUUAAACACAAUGAAAUAGUGAAAGCAACUAUAUGUGCAAGUAAAAAUUGCCCACUGGAUAGAUGGCUUAGGCAUGAGGGAAAGGACCUGAUUUUUUAAAAGGUGUGUUAAUAAUGAAAUCUUCCUAAUUUUCUCACAGUCUUCAUUCAGUUUUAGGGAAGGCCUUUUGCAGAUAUUGUUCAGAUGUGCUGCUUUAUAAAAUACCCACCAGUUUUUCAGAUCAGUGUUAUCUGGUAGUGGUGAGAGAAUCUUUAAAAACAUAUAAAAUCAUAUGGGUUUGUAUUUGCCACUGCACAGGCCUAAUUCCUGUUGCGUAAUCUCCAGAUCCUUUAGCCCCUGGCCUGGGCCUGGCGUAGCAUUGACUGCAGUAUUCCUGUGUUUGGGGUAGUUUUUCAUGGUCGUCUUUAAGCUAAUGUAAAAUAUUUUCCCCUUUUUCAUGCUUCUGUUUGGUUUUAAAAAUGAAAAUUAAAUCUUGGCUUGCUAUUCGAGUACACUGUGAUUUAGAAGUUAAAGCAAGGAAUUGACAGUCAUGUUUUUGCUCAGUUUUAAUAAAUGUGUCUCUUAGAGCCACCCAUUUCUUCUCUGUUAAAAGGGAGUACUACUGCUUUAUGGGACUACAGGAUGCUUUAAUAUGAUAAUACAUAAAUAAGGAUUUGAGACAUUAACAGAAAAUAUCUUUUUGAAACAUAGUAAAACCUCGUCUAUGCAGAAACCUAUUAAUUACCAUCUUUAUUUUUCUAGAUCAGAACUAAGAAUCAGAAGGGAUAAAAAGACACUGAGCAUGAAAAGUCCAUGUACUGAAUUCAUUAUUUACUCAUAGACAAUAUCUCCAGGUUGUCAAUCAUUAUUUAAAUUUUAUUGUUCUGUUACACACAGUUCUGAUAUUCACGAGUAUGUUCUAGGCUACAGCAAAUUAAAAGUAGUAAAUUGGGAGUGGGAAAAGACACACAGAUAACAGGGAGAAAUGAUAGCAGAUGACCUAAUAGUAAGCAAGAAGAGAAGGAAAAAAACUAUAGCAAAAUAAUAAAUAAUAUGAAAAGCACAGCACUGUGGGCCUUUUCUUAGAAAUGGAAUAGCUCUUUGCCCUUUCUGGUUAUCACUGAUCACUCACAGGUUUUAUUUCUAGUUGUUAGAGAACUUUAAUUUUAUUCAGCAUGCUUUAAAUAGUGUGGCAAAAGCAUGUGGAUUUUAUGUAGAUUUUUCCAGUGCUUAAACAUUUUUAUAAAAUUCUGUUUAAAAGGGUAAACUCCCAAUUAUCCAGAAAACCCAGCCUCCAAAAAUGACUCCCCAGAGUAGUUGUGAUUUUACUUAAUGAUAUACUUUCAAUAAUUGAUAGUAUAAAUUCUUUAAGUAUUUUAUGGACACAUUUUUUGCAUAUAGCCUCUCGAUGAUGAAACACACCUUCUGUAUCUGUUUUAACGUAUGUAUCCUUUGAAUUGAAUUUGCUGGAAAAAAUUUGGUUCUGUUCCUCUGACAUGUAUAUUUCCUUUCUUCCUCCUCUACCAUCUGGGAUGCUUUCUCUAAUAUCGCAUUUGGAAGAGGAUGACGCUCACUGUGUUGUUUCAGCAUAUGUGGGUCUGGUUGAAUUCACGUCUGCCUGUUCACCUCUAGUUUUUCAUUUUCACACCUCCAUGGAGGUGGUAUGCUGCUCUUCCAUGCCUGGUAGAGCUGUAGGAAAUGUUACUUAAAUGUGUGAAUGUGACCACCAGGGUACAUUUAUCUCAAUAGGAAACAAAUAUGCUAAAUACAGGUAACAUGCUAUUUAUACUUACAGGUAAUAACUUAUAUCUUCUAACCAAUCAUUUUCCCCCUAACAUAGCUGCGGAUAUUUUACAAGCCAAUUGUCGCUUUAAAAACUGUAACUCUUUUUGAUUUUAUGUGUGAUACAAUAUCUAAUAAUACUCCCAGGAAAAUGCCAGUUGUAUUUUUUAGUACCUGUGUGAUUUUCUUGAUUGCUAAAAUAUACGUAUGUAGAUUGAACAUAAAUGAAAAAAUUGAAGUCCGGGUUUGAAGAUUUCCAGGAAAUUACUUUUCAUUGAACACAGCUGCCCAAAUUGUUUGAUUUCUGUUAAACACAAUGGAAUUGUUCCAGUGAUGCUGCAGUUACAAAAACAAAAGAUAACAAAUAGACCACGUUUUUGCAUGUGUAUUUUACUUCUUGUACUCAGGAAGAGACUGAGCUAAUGAAGAAAAAUAACAUUUGUACUUAUGUCCUAGAAGAAUGUCAUCAGAACUAUUUAUUGCUCACUAAAGAAAUUAAAUUACUUAAUGAAGGUGAAUUAUUAACUUAAUUUAUUAGGAAUUUAAUUUGGGAGCUAUUUUCAUAGGGAUAUUGGCCAAGGCAAGAAUGAUAACACUUUAAUGCGUAAAGACACUCAAAUGACUUUAAACAGGCAACUAAAACUAUUUCAGUGGAAACAGAUAUUUCUGUGCUUUAACAAUUUUUCAAAGAAGAUCUAUUAUCAAUGUAACUAUGCAAUCAUAAGGAGUAUGACUUCUUUAAGAUGAAUUAAUUUUCAACGGUAGUAUUGCUUAUCAUUGACAGGCAUUGUAUCAUUACUUUAUAAAUUAGGUUCCAUUUCUAAAAUAAUUGCAAAGCAGUUUUUGGUAGCAGGGGAGCUGUUCAUUGUUAAUUUUGAGUCAUUGAAGCCCAGAAAUCAGACAGAUCAAAGUGUUCUAGGUCUGGUCAUAGCAGAUCAGCUGGGUCACAGAGGUUUCUGAACCACAUGACCCAUGGCAGAGGGGUGUGUAUAGUUAUUCUGAAGCCUAAACUGCGUCUACUUCCCCUGGCCUAAAUAAGAUAUGAUAUCAUUGCCUUUACUGGAUAGUUCCACCUUCUCCUACUAAAAAUGCCACAAAAUGGAGAGGGAAGAGAUUUCUUAAUAUCUGUGUGUUAGUGAUCAUAGUGAAAGUCAGAACUGGCAAUUCCCUGGAAUUUUCUAUAAAUAUCUUCAUAUAAACAUCAUUAUAGUGAUUCAUGAAUUAGAUGAAAGAAAUGUGGGGAAAAAUCUCAUUUCUUCUUUAAAUUGUUGUUUCUGUUUGAAAUUUUUAGUGAUUUUAGUAAUUUUCAUGAGUAUAUGCAAUAUGAAGUUUUUGGGUAAUUCCUGAAGCAACAUGUGUUAUGUAGAUACCAAAACAUCUCGAUGAUGUGCAUUUUACCUGUUCCACACCCGAAUACAACCUCGGAUAGUUAGGUAGCUGGAGGUUUGAUGCUUGGAAUUAAGAUUAUUUUUUAAUCUUUAAGUUUUGGUAUUUCAGAUGAAGUAUUUUUACUUAUGAUACACUUAUGGGGAAAUGCUGCUCUUUUUAAAAUAUUCAGAUAACUUGAUUGUAUUGCCUGUUUAUCAAAAAAGAGUGGUGAUGUGCAUUUGUUGCUUCAAAGAUGUAUGUGAAACACCCUACUAUAUCUGCAUCGCUGAUGAAAGGGGCCGAUACUGCUGUUGGUUGCAGUUUUAAAGAAGACAGUUGAAGAGCUUUAUCAAAUUGACCUUCAAUUGGGGGAUCAUUAAUGAACUAACCUCCUUCAUUGAGAGAUUAUUCAAGGCCCCGAGUAGCAUGUGAUUUCCCUUGUUUUGCAGUAAUUCGUUUGAAACAUUUACCAAAAACCUUAAUGUAUACAGAAGAUGCUAAACUUUUUUAAAGGGCUGGGUCCUUUUUAUUGCUGUUGUAAGCCAUGCCUCUUCACAUCAUGUGCCAAAACAAAAAACAAAAAACCCACACAUAAUUCUGCCCAUGUUUCAGAAUCUUGGCUAGGACAAGGCAGAGAAAGUGAGAGUUUAACCUAUUAAUAAGAGCAAGUGCUUGAACUAAUACAACUUUCUGUGAGAAAAUGUUUUUAAGGAUUAUUGAUUAUCUGAGGAUAUUUUGUAAGUUACUAAUUUAGGAAAUUUUUCAUUUUUUAAAAAUUUAGUCUUCAGCUACUUUAGGAAACUUAGUAGACAGAAAAAAAAAAAAGGCUGGUGUCUGCAGAUGAACUAAGGAACGGCUUUGCUUUUGCCUCUGGGAUCUCUCUGAUUGGGUAUUCCUGAUGAGGAAGCAUCAGGCCAGAAUGUUUGUACGCGCCCUUCCUCCUCCUCAUGGAUUCAAACACCAGUCGUCACGUUAGUCAUGUUGCACGUGUUCCCGUGGUAACAGAAGCUCUGCCAUCCCCUAGCUCUGUGAGCUUGGGUGCCUCACCUGCCUCAGUUUCUUUGUAAAAUGAUAGAGCUGUUGUGUGAAGUACAUGAUAGGGGGACUGCACGCUUAGAACCGGGGCUGCACACGGGGCUGUGGACGUCACAGCCUCGUCAUCAGAGGGGGCAUCUGGACUCCUAGCAGAGCGGGAAGAGAGGAAUUCCCGGCCUGUGGAGCAGUGCUCCGGGAGCCGGCCUUGACCUGCUCCUAGGACCCAUCUGCCGGCUGCUGCUCCUCUGUCUGGGAGACUCUCCCACCUGAGCGUGACUCGGUGUCUGCAGCGUCACUGCAGUGUGUGAAGGCCAAUACAGGGACCCUUCCUCUGUGCUCCUCCACGGCCACCAUGCGGGUUUUGUUGGAUGUGUUGAUGGAGUGCACGUGGUACCCACUGUCAGGGUGCUCUCUGCAAGUGCCGCACCCCCAAGCGACAUUUAUUUUGUACUGAAAUAACAUCUCUAGUGUCUACUAUAUGAGCUUGUAUCUCAUAUGCUCCCAUAUAUACUUGUUUCACACUUAAAAUCUCACAUGUAGUAACGAUUGCUUUCAAUAAGUACACAUGGGCAUGAUUUGCUGUAAAGGUUAGCUAGCUUCUGUGUAAAGUUGCAAGUAUUUGUGUACUUUAUAAAUGCAAGAAACUAAGCUUUACAGGCCUCAUUUAAGAAAAAUAAAGAUUUCUUUAUUUGGGAAAAAGGGAAAUUUUUUUCUCCUAGAGAAUGACUUUCUGUAAUAAAUAUAUUUUCCAUGGUGAUACAGUAUAUAAGUGUGUGUGUCAGUGUGUCAGAAACAUACUAGACUUUACUAAGGUGAGGUUGUCAACUUUUCUAUUCUAUUUUAUUAAAAGGAUGCUACAGAAUUGAUUUCAUGAUCCACUAGUGACUUAUGGCCCUCAGUGAGAAAAAUGCCAUCCUAGAGUAGCCAUCCAGGACUGCCCUCCUCACUCGAGCUCACAGUGAGGAUCAGGGCAGGUGACUGUGCCAUCCACUGAUGGAUGACGAUGAUGGCAGUGGUGAUGUUAGUGCCAGCUGCCAUUUACUCACAUGUUCUUAACUUGCUAUUAAAACAAUUAUAAAAACAGAUACUUAAAAAUAGUAAUACAAAGUUGUAAAGCAUUGACAUUUUAUAAGAAAAGGUCAAAGAAAGUCACUCAUCUUUUGCCCUUUGUCCAUUUCACUUUCCUCUUCCCUCAAGGUAACCAAUAGGAGCCCCCUGUUUCUGUUUUCCUCACCUUUCUAUGUGCCCACAUAGGUCUAUGAAAACGUAUGAAUGUGUGUGGGGUUUUCUUUAUUUUCUAAAAAAUGGAAUUCAUUGCAGCACAGUUUUGAUUUUUGCACUUAAAAAUAAGUCGCGAUCAUUGCUCCAGAGAGAGAUUUCACUCAGUCUCUUUCAUGCUGCAGACUCUCCAAGGUGUGGCUGGUCCAUGUGAGUGGCCAUUGCAGUAGCUGCCCCGCUUAUCCUCAGUUUUGCUUUCUACGAUUUUACUCACCCACAGGCAGUCAACCAUUGUCCAAAAAUAUUAAACAGAAAAUUACAGAAAUAAAUGCGUAAGUUUUAAGUUGUGUGCCAUUCUGAGUAGUGUGAUGAAAUCUUGUACAGUCCUACACGGUCCCUCCUAGGACACAAAUCACCCCUUUGCCCGGCAUAUCCAGACUGUAGAUGCCACUUGCCCCGGUUAGUCACUUAGUAACUGUCUUGGUUAUCAAAUCAACAGAUCACAGAAGAAGAAGGGUGAGUACAGUGUGAUAGUUUGAGAAAGAGACCCCAUUCACAAAACUUUUAUUACAGUACAUAGUUAUGAUUGUCCUAUUUUAUUAUAAUUGUUAAUCUCUUACUGUGGCAAAUUUAUAAAUUAAAUUUUAUAAUGGGUAUGUACGUAUAGAAGAAAAAACAGUAUGUAUAAUGUAUCCCCUGCAACUAAGGGGAUACAUUACUUUACCUUAUUGGCAAAUGUUCAGGCUGUGGAUCACCCUAAACAAUGCCGCUGGGUAUUUACCUAUGGGUGCUUUUAUUUCCAAGGAUAUAAAAGUAGGAUAUCCUGGCGUCAAAGAGUAUGCGUACUUUUAAUUGCCAGAUUGCUUCUGGAAGGGAACCCCUCUGGAUAGAUAACGGCAACUUCCACUUCUUGAGUGUGUGUGAUGUCCCAGCUCCGUGCAGCCCUUUGUACUGAUGCCUUUCAGGUCUCAAGUCAGCUCUGUGCUUCAUAGCAGCUAUCGGCCCAUGAUUCAGCCGUUCUUUUCCUAACCUUGUGAAUUAGUAAAUGAAUAAAUGAACGAAUGCACGAAUGAGGGCAGGCCUGGCCCCGGAGGGGUUCUUUCUGUGCCCCAGGCCAGCCUCUUAGCCUGCGGCUUCUCGUGUUUCCCUGGCCUUCAGUCACUAACAUGUGAAUUCAUUUCAAUAGCAAAUAUUUAUUUUUAUCUUCCUGGACAAAAGAAAAAUAUCUCCCGCUUUUGCAUUUUCCCCAGCAUUCAGCCUAUACUCUAGGAUAUUGCUUAUGGCAUUUUGUUGUGUAUUAAAAUGGGUUGAAGGUUUCCUUUUUUCACAUCCUACCUUUAAGUUCUAUGAAGACAAAGACAGUCUUCAUCUUGUAUUCCCCGCAGAAGUAGUCUGGUGCCAAGUAGCAGAAGCUCAGUAAAUGGUUUUGGAAUAUGCAGAAGAGCACCAGCAGAAUCUCUGUCUGUGUCUGUGAACGAAGUCAUCUUUUCCUUCUAUUUUGUCAUAGCCCAGUAUUGUGCAUAAAGUUCAGGCUGUCUGUCCUGCACUAGAGAGACACAGGCAGCUGCUGGCUGAUCUUCAUAAAGGUGUGCAGAGGGCAGAGUUGGGGAGGUGAGGGGAGGACCACCGCCCCGGCCUUUUCACUGGGAGUUUCCUGGAUGCUCCUCAGUUUUGCCUUUGUGACUCCUUCAGUCGACAUUGAUGUGAAACACGCCUUGGUUGAAUGCCCAGGCAUCAGACCCAAGCUUAUGGCCGUGGUGGUGAUAUACCAGGGAAGCCUUACCUCUCCAAGUUCGAGGCACCCACAGGCGGCUUGACUUCAGGUGCUCUCUUAGUUUUGUACCUACUCUCUUUACAGGAACUCUAAUGUCAAAGGAAAAUGGAUGGACAUUUCUCAAUCCAUGGGAUGUGCAUCCCUUUUUCCUGGCUGUGGAUCUCGGCCAGGAGGAGCAUGGUGGGGUGUAUGGGCUUCCCCCAGGAGUGAAACUAUAUCACUUCCGCUCACGUUUCAUUGGCCACAUCUCCUCCCACGGAGACAGAGAAGUCCAGUUCCGCGAUGUACCCGGAGGAGCAGGACCAGAGUGUUGACAAACAACUCUAAGGACUACUGCCCCGCCAAGUAGGAAAAGUAAAGGAGAGAUGGGAAAGGGUGGAGGAUUUGGGACAGUAGGUAAGAGAACUGUAUCUCUUAAGAGACUUGCUGUCUAAUUCUGCCAUAGAGACCUUCCAAAAAUGCUUUGACUCAUGACAACAUCAUUGUAACACAUUUAUGGCCUUCCCAGGAUGAUUCUUUUGAAGGACAACAGUCACCUCUUUACAGAAAGACAUUCUCUAAAGAAUGUCAGGAGUCUUGUCAGCUCAUACUGGUGCCUUUGAUACAUGGCCUGACCCAUGCACUACGACCAUCAGCUCAACCUUGGAUGAGACGACCAGAGGUGAGAAAGCCUCAGUCCCUCAGCACAGCCACAGAGCAAGAGGGUGGCCACUGCUUCCAGCAGGGGCUGCUGCCCAGAUUGACAUGUGCGCAGCCUGUGAGUUCGGUGUGGCUUUCUUCAAGGCUUCUGGUUCUAUCUUGUUUACAACAUAAUUUCUCAUUUCAUAGUUACAUAGUGUAUUCAGUUCUUAAAUGACUGAUAAGAGGAAGUCACAGUGCACUUCUAAGAGCUGCUGUCAUCAUUUGAAUGCUGUAGGACCUUUGGCUGAAAUGAGAAGACUUGCUUUUGGGUAUUUGAAAUCAAAUGAGAGUUUUGACGUCGGGGGUGCAUGUUAAUUUCCAUAUAGGAUAACCUUACAAAUCAACUUAAAGUGUAAUGAACAAGCAAAUAAGUAGCUACAACUCAUAUGGCGUUUGGCCAUGAUUCAAGCCAAACCCUUGAGGCUUUUGGUGUUGAGAAGGAAGAGUUGGAGGAGUGACCUGUAUUCUCUCCAGGAGACAGGGGUUGUGCCUGGUGUGACUUCAGAGUGCAGGGGGAAGCUGCUGGUUUCGAUGAGAUGGUGGCCUGAAAAAGCUGACAGACUCUCAGAGCCAGUUGAGAGAUGCAAAACUGGUCUCUGAGGCUUUCCUUUUUAGGAAGAAAUUUACACUGAAAUAAGAGCUUGGUGAAGCAAAACUCCUGAUUUCUCAGAAAGCAUUUAUUUUGCUCCAAUAGGUUACCAGAAGAUUGUGGUCACUAUAGACCUUAAGGAGCUGCCUUCCCCUUUAGUGAUACUAUAAAAAAUACAAAACAAACAAACAAAAGACCAUGGCAGGAAUGAUGAAGUAAGGUACUGUGUUGUACUACAUGACACUGAGUCAUAUUAAAGAUAAUUGUAUAUGCUUUUCUAUCUUUUUUCUUUUAUUUAUUCAACAAAUAUUCACCAAGUGUGUGCCAAGCAUUGUUACAGGUGCUACCCAGACUAUAGCCUAUAUAGACACGGAGAGUGUGGCUUACAGGCUUAUGAUAUGAAUGUAAAUCGUCAAUUGGCCUCUUGGCUAGGACCAUCAGGUUUGUUCUUUUAAACCUGAGAAAAUAGUAUUUAUUCUCUAUAAAAUACACUUGCAUUAAGCAUAUAUCUGGCCUCAAGAGUGGUCCUGUUAUAACAAAAGCAAAUGCAGCCUUCACUCUGGGUUGGCAGCAAGGCACUUCUCUGUUUCCAAGUGCCACACAGUCUCUGGUGGCCAUGCCUCCCCUUAUAUAGUCCCUCUUCUCAGCGUCUUUCCUCUUCCUGUGCCUUUUGAAAUCUAUUUAGAUUCAGGGAGGCUCCAUUCUUCUCCUUGAGAAGCAUUACCACCCUCUCUUCCAUCUGUACCCUGUACAUGGCAUUGUGCUUCUGACCUUCAAGGGGCUCAGAGAACAUUUUCAGGUCACAGUGGUUUUUAGAGAUCAUCUGCUCCAACCCUGCCAUUUUCAUUGAUGAGGACACAGAGACUCAGGCUAGUUUAUGGACCCUCUUCAAGUUUCCCAGCAGUGUCGUAUGAUUAAGACAAGAGGCCGGUUUUCUGGGUAACAGUCCAGAGCUCUUUCUCUUAAGCCAUGCUGCCUCCACAGUCAAUGUGUUGUGCGUCAGGAAGCUUCAUACUAUUCAGUAUGCAGGUUCGUUAAAUAUUUGAUUAAACAUGUUACUUGUGGUCAUAUCUUUUUUUAAAAAAAUUCAGGGCAUAAAAUCAUCUGGAAUGUAAUCUAGCAAGCUAAGAUUAUUUCUAGGGUGAAACCAAAUUCAACUUUUAUCGCUUUGACUUAUGACACCUUUUUGAGGACCGUGAAGUGCUAGGUCUACCUGCACUUCCAUUUACGUCACUACCAUUUAAAUAAUGUCUCCUUUGUUCUUUCUCAGUCUCAUAGAGACAUACUCCCAUUUGUUUUGUGUUAAAUAUCGGUAUAAAUAAGUUAUCAAUAAUCAAUAUAUUCUCUGACACCUUGUUGUAUAUUUUAUAAAUCCCUUUUCUUGCAAGUGAAUGUUAGCAUUCCUAACUCUUAACAUAAUUAAAUUAUGUACUUAUCAGUUAAGGAACUGGUUUGCUUUAGUGAUGGUGCCAAGAGACAGUAACCAUGUUCAAUAUGUCUAUGUUUCUUAUUUCAUCUUGGGAUUAAACCACAGAGAUGGUAUUUUUUGUUUGUUGUGUUGUUUGUAUCAACAUUUCAUACAGAUACAAUAAUUCGGUGUGAAGGAAAAUCAGUGUUUUCUUGAGCUGAUUUACAUAUGGAUGUCAGAUCCAGUUAUGCUAUUUUUAUAGUAUUGAGGAAAACAAAAUGACCUUUUACUAAGUUUUUGAUACUGGAAGAUUCUGUGUUUUGAAUUUGGAGGGGAGGAAGCUGCAGAGGAAAAGGAAAGAAGCAACUGUUGAUUUAUACCAUGAUGCUAGCAACAGUCAGGCAUCUAAGAUGCUUUUCAGCUAUAAUUGUGUCUUUGCUCAAGGCUACUGUAGUUAUACUACAUUCUAUUCCAUUGUCCAUCAACUCCACCCGUUUCAAGGAGCUGAAGCUGAUGCUAACCAUAGAAUAGUCCAGAAUAUCCUUUAUGUUUUUUCUCUUUGCUAUAAAUGCAGCGUUAUUUUAUAGACUGGAGAUAUUGCUUCAUAAGAUCACAUAGUGCCACUCAUUUAUAAGAUUAUAGUACAAUAAUCAGAAGUAUGUGUUAAAAAUAUAUUUAGCUGGCUGUCCUCUUUAAGUCCCUGCUUUUUGAUAUGAUUAUUUUUCCAAAAAGAAAUUGAAAACAAAAUGUCAUCCAGUAAAUAUGUUCGUGGAUAGCAUAUAUCUGAAAUGGAUAGUUUACCCUUAACGGGAAUAGUAAAAUACACUACAGAAGCUUUCAGCUGGCUUCUAUCAAAAUAAUUACUUUAGCAAUUAUCUCUGCCGUUCAGAUAACUUUUGCAUGCGGGUGGUGUUUCUAUGCCUUUGUGUUCAUCAACCUCAUGCUUAGCAUUCUCCCAGGAACUAUUACACUGACAGAUUUUUUUUUUUUUAAGUGUAGGAGAAGGAGAAGAAAGGGAAAGGGCUAUUUAAAAGGAAUUGCACUCUGAUACAUAGGUAGUUAGCAACUUAAUUCUGAGCCCAAGGUGAUUGUGCUGUGAGGUGGAGUUCUUUGGCAGGGUCUCCUGAAUCAGAAGCAUGAUACCUGGGCCAACUGAAGGCCAGCUACUGCGUUCAAGGGAAGGAACUGUGUAGAUACGGGAUUAUGGAAGCGAGUCAGGAUAAGCUUAUCAGGGUGUGCAUACUUAAAUGUCUUUUUAAAAGUUUAUUCUUAAACUUUAGUGUCAAAUCUGUUAUUUUAUAAGGCAUAUUUUGACAUUGAGGAGACAAACAUUUCUAGUUAUGAAUUCUAGGCAUUUUUUACUCAAUUACGCUUUAGGCAAAGAUGUACUAUCCACAGCUAAAAUAAAUUUCUACUUUCUGUUUCUUCUCACUUCUCACAAGAGUUCAGCACAAAACAAGUGUUAUUAAGAGAGAUUUUUUGGCUUAAAUUGGUACGUUAAAUAUGCUUCUGUUUUAAAAUAUUUUAAUUUCAUAGAGCAAUUUUACAUGCAGAAUGUGAUCCCACUUGUUCAAAUCUUGGACCGUGGUAGAGAAAUGUUUUGGAAAGCAGCCCACUUUGACCUCUUCUUUCCCUUUUAUCUCGACAUCUGUGAGUUUUAAAGCAAAAAAAGAAAAAAGAAUUUUAAGAGAAAUUUGUCUUUGAGUGGAAUGUUUUCUUGUAGUUCACUGAGGUGGGAUUCCUUUGGCUCGUCAUGUGUGUGUGCUUGAGUAAGUAGAAACACUUUAAGAAAAGUAAACUGUGCUUUUCUACUGUCAUAUUUGAUUUGGGCUGCGUCCUGAUGGUUGUUUGAAGCUAACAUGAAAUGCGAUGCCUGCCUGACCCAUUUUAGCAACCCAUUAUCAUAAUUUCACUGUCGUAUGGCCGCUGAGUUAAUGUACUUACAAAUGACAGAGAAAGUGUGUUACAUGACCUUAGGGUUUUCAAAAAUUAAAUGACGUCGUAGGUCGUAUUUCAAAGAAUAGCUAAGGAGAAUGGUUUUCUUUGCUGCAUAAAGUGUCACUGUGCAUAGCAACAGGAUAUUGUAUUUCUUUUUUAUUACGCAAAAAUGUGAAGCUUUUAAACUCCUAGAUUCCCCACAUAAAAUUUAAUAUUGGGGUAGAGAAUGAAACGUCCAGUGGAUAAAUCUGCUUCUCCCCCAUCUCAUUCCCUCUCACUUUCUAGACGAAACCCCUUCAAAGCUCAGAAAUGCAGAAAUGCUUUGUCAUUUUCUUGUCCGAUGAUGAAUUUACUAUUUCCCCCCUUACACGAAUCUCAUGAAUUCCCACCUAAAAGGCAAUAAAGUACUUAUAUUUACUGAAAUACACUUUUCUAGGAUUGCUUAACAAUACACUGUCUUUUUUCUUGUCGGAUUUGGGAAUCAGUUUACAAAAGUGUUCUUUGAAAAGAACCGAGCCUUCUAGCCUGAAGAAACUCUUAAUUAAAGCAAGUGGUAUCAGCAUUGUAUUACUGCACAGAGACCUGCACUGCUCACCUUUUUUGGUGUCCUGAGCCUAGACCACAGAGGUCCCCAUCCCCGGGUGAGUGAUCGAUGCUGUCCCGUUGGACAAGGUUUACUAGAAGGGUGACAGACCACAGCCCAUGAUACACAUGUGGUGUGGGAGGAGACUUGCAGCCCGGUGCUAGGGCCUCACCCUGUCCUCACACUUAGCUGUCGAAGUCAACUCAUCUGUUCUAGAGUUCUCUUUCCAAGUUAGGAAUAGAUCAAACAGUAGCUCUUUGAGGAAAGCCUCUGACUUCAAUGCAGUGGAUUGAUCAUAGGUUGUAGAUAAUACUAGGCCUCCAAGUAAAAACAAGAAUUCACAGAGUCCCCUUUCAUUGAGUUCGUGUGCAGAUAACAUAGGUCCCCAUGUAAUGAGGCAGGAGCUUCGAGGAGGGGUGGGUGUGAGCUGCUUACAGACCUUGGCUAGAAUAUUCAUGAACAGAAAUCCAACUUGUAUGUAGAAGUAAUAGUAAUUAAUGCAGUCCUCAGGAAGCACAACAGAGGAUAGGAAAACAGGUCACAGUCUUAUAUUCUCUUGAAACGUAAGGAUGUCUUUUGAAAGCCAAAAAGUGGCACUAAAAUUGAACAGCUUAAAUUUUCUUUCACCUACCACCUGCAGACUGCAAUUGAUGGUGCCUGAGUCAAGAACUAUAGUUGUGGGCUCCUAUAGAUCACCUGCAGGAGCUGGGCGCUGAGUCCUGGCGGGGACUCCCUGGGACUGUGUUCAGUGCAAUUUGUAGCCUUACAAAUGUCAGAUCUUGUUACGCCCCUGGCAGUAUUGACAUAAAGAAUAUUAUUUAAAGUUUCUAAAAUGUGAUGAAGCUUCUAAAUUUAAUCUGCACUGUAUUAUGCACCAAAAUUAAAUUGCAGGGAAAAAAGAUGUGGUUGCAGUGUGUGCUUAGAAAUGACUUGUCAUAAUGAAAUUUCUUUUACCCAAACAAUUAAGAGCAUUUUCAAAAUUUUCUGACAUAGCCAAAAAGUUUUUAUUUCUGUUAUAGACUUAGUAGCUCUGAAAAUUGCUUUAUUUCCUUGAUUUCAAUGGACACAAAUUGCAUGGCUCUAUUUUUUCUUAAAAUGAAUAUACACCAUGAUUACAGAAAUACUAAAAUGUGUCCUCUGGGGGAAAACCUUAUUUUACAUUGCAGCUCUGCUCAUAAUCCUGCGAAAGCUGGUGUGAAGCCGUCUUUUUCCGAGUUGAAGAAAUGAUGCCAACCAAAAACAGGUUGAUGCUGCAUCUUGGACACAUAGGAUAGUCACAGAACAGACAGACCCCAUCUCACCCAUAGACCGUGGAGUCAGGCAGCCACACUGUGUGUGGGCUUCAUGGCAAGGGUUUCUUCAGAGGUUUGGCAUAUGGAAUAAGAACCAGAGAUGGGGUUCAAGGAGAUGGAACGCUGCUCAUUGCUUCCAGACCGUAAACAGCGGUGGGGCUGCGCCAGUGGGUCCUGAAACACAUCACGGGCAAUAGGCUUCGAGUGUCUCUGAAUUAGGAGGAGACAUUAGGAGGAGAGAGGAUAAAGGAGAGGGAAGGAGUUCAGUUCUUUCCUAAAUGGAGUGAAUAAGCACGUACUGUUAAAUGAUAGCCGUUUCUCACAGAAAUGAUGCUGGGUAUAAGAAAUGCUUCUGAAAAGAGGAAGAGAGACCUUUCGUAUGCAUAUUCAGUUCUGACACAUGCUUGAGUAUGAGAAAGGUGGUGAAUGUUUUGCACAAGUGGAGAUGCAUAAAAUCGGGCAUUCUGAAACAAUAGCAGCACAGUAUCCUGUAUGACAUUUUACAUCGUCUCCUCGACACAGGGCAGACAGCACUACACCUCAUGACUGCAACUUCUAAAUGAAUCUCAGGGACAAGGUCAGAAUUUCCCCUCCCCUCCGAGUCAGCUUCCUUAAGAAGAAGUGGGUUCGAAGGGGGUUAUUAGCAAUAUAAAUCGCCCUUCCUGUCAGUCAAACGCUCAGAAAUGCAGGACAUGAUACUGGCCGUUUUGGUGACAGAAUAUAAAUCAGCAAAGAUUAAAUUAUUAGAUAAUUUGGAAACUUAACAGUUUGCAUUUUGCACUUCCAAUUGUUUUGCUGACUUGCACUUUUCUUGGCUGUCCAGGGUUUUAUUAACCGUCUUUAAGACAUCUAUCACCUCCUUCCUCUUCAUUUUCCAAUGGGCAAAUUUUCCCAGGAAGGAGAGUUGCAGCACUGAUGCCUGCAGUCGCUGCUCCAGAAAGAUUGCUGUAUUUUCAUUGACAUGCCGUGCAUUACCAUAAUUGGCUUUUCUACAUGAUAGGAGAGAGGAAAUAAUAAUGUCAUUUUAUUUACAGCCAGAGUGUCGCUUUAUGAGACUUCUCCAAGUUUCUGCCAUGCUGUGUAGGUCAAAUGACAUCUUUUGAUCAGUCCUGUCCAAAGACAUCAAAGCUGAGUGGCAUGUAAUGGAGACCUAGUGACAAACCAAAUCUAGAAAAGAAAUAAGACUGCCAGUUUCCCAUUAAACUGCCUGCUAAACAGCGCAGCUUCCCCGUGUUGGCUACAAAACCACUCUGACCACCUAAAUCAGGGGAAUGAAAGGAGGCUGAAUUGGACAUUAGUACUGCAAAUGACUGCGGUGAUUGCCACGACUUCCCUCCUCCCCCUCCCCAAAAAAUCAGCGAGCAAACCAUGCGAGUUACAGUGAGACUGCUCUGUGCCCAUUCAUUUCCCUCCUGCCACUUGCUGGUUUUCUGAUCUGGUUUAUUUAGGUUUGACAUCAGCCAAAUGGUGUAGCGCGAUGUCUCUGACAGAUAUUCUUACUGAUUUAAAGGGAGGCACAACUCAGGAAAGAUGGAUCUUCUGAGACAGGAUUUCAGAGUGGCUGUUUUUCCCUUUUCCACCCCAUUUUCUUCCCUUUAUGAUUCCAGUUGAUGUGUUGUUCCUAUUCACAGUCAAAUCAUUAGAGCCUUCAGAACUUGGGAAGAACUGUGUUUGAUUGACGACAGUGAGGCUUCAUGUUGACUGCCACAUGGGCUAGGUGGCCAGCAUACUGGAAAUACGAUUUUUAAAAAAGUCUCCGGAAACACGUAUUUUAUGCUAGAGAUUGAUAAAAGAAGUAUUUCUGCUCUAAUACAGCAGGGUUCACCUUCCCAGGUGAUUGGGCCACAUGGAAAUUUACAUCACAUGUAUGGAAAAAAGCCACAGCUUCAGUGCAUUUAUCUGCAUCGCUUUGCUUUGGAUUACAUGCAGCGUCUGCUCAUUCUUUAAUUCACUAUCCAGCCUGUAGUUAUGGAACAGCUACUUUGUUCCAGGCACCAUGUUAGCUGCCAGGAUCCAAGGUCCACUAAGAUGUUGUUCUGUGCUCAAGGAGACCUGGCCCAGCAGGAAGACAGAUCACUAGACCCGUGGUUACCUCCCCUGUGCUAUGAUUAAGUGGCUGCAGGGUGUGGGGGAAUCAUGAGCUGGGGCAAGUUGGGGGAGGGCCCUGAAGGCUGGCAGGUGGCAAUGCUGGAGCCUGUUUGUCGAGGGGCAGCUGUCGGGUGGAGCAGAGCUGACUCCACAGAGGGAGCCUGGCUGGUGUAGUUGGAAACAGACAUUUUUGAUCCUCUUAUUUUUCUAUUGUAGUAAAAUGUACAAAAUUGAUAUGAUAUAUAAAAUUAUAUUAACUCUUAUUAAGCGUACAGUUCAGUGGCAUUAAAUACAUUUGCAUUGCUGUGUAGCCAUCACCACCCCAUCCAUUCCCAGAACUUUUUCAUCUUCUCAAACUAAACUGAAACUCGGUACCCAUUGAACAGUACCCCUCGUUCCCAGCCCCCCUGGCUCCCAGCAGCCACCGUUCUACCUUCUGUCUCUGUGAUGAAGCCUGAGUCGACGUGGCUGGAAACAGAUUCCGACAGGGCUUUGUAGCCAUCCCAUAAAUGGCAGUCCUGAAAAUAGUGUCCUCUGUAGCCUGUCAUAGCGGAUACAUGUGACCAGAACUUUUAGGGAGAACUACCCAAGACCAGUUUUGUUGACUUUCGUGUAGACAAGAACCUGAUUUUGCAAACAGCCUAUUCCGAAAUUGGAAUCAGUUUUAAACUCAUGCCACUUACAGUUGCUGAUAGAGAUGGCCCAUUGCGGCAUUAUGGUUGUGUGUCAGGUUGUGUGUCCACCCCCGGCUGUGGGGUGGACCAUCUAGGUAAAGCCCCUGCUCCUUGUCUUACUGAUGGCAUGGCCCGGGGCACCUCACUUAACCUCUGUGCCUCAGUUUCCCAUAUAGGAAUAGAGAGUGAAAUAGGAUUUCCCCUUGUAGUGUCGGUGAGGAGCUAACACAGUUAAUACAUGUAGAGUACUUACGAUGGUGGCUGGUCCAGAGGAAGGGUUCAACAGAUAUUAACUUGUUAUUAUUCAAUGACAUUUUAAUGCAAAGCAUAACGCUGGUUGAGCAGAUAUUCUGUGGGUAUGAAAUGUUUAUCCAAGAACAAAUAAUUUUUUUCUCUCAAAUAUAGUCCUCCCAAAUAAAUUACAAGUGUGCUGGGAAAAUACCCUUCUCUAUCCAGGUGGAUCAUUAUCCAAGAAUAUAUUUUCUUCCUAUUUGAGAUUAGAUUUCAAUAUUGCCACUGAAAAAAAAUUGCUUCUGAUGAUUGGAGUGGGCUUUUUACCCUUUCUACAGAGAAUAUAUUUGCAUGUGUAUACUGUUUUCUUUCAGGCUACUGUCGUGAGUAUUUAGGGACUGUUAGCAUCAAACAUCCUUUUUUCCUACUCUGACUUGACUUUAAUAACUUCCACUGUUUAGCCCACUCCCAUGGUGUAGUUUAGAUUUUUUUAGUGUAUUUUCUUUUUUUCUGAAUCUUUUCUUUCCCCCUCUGUUUUCAUUAAGUGAAGCACACUCAACAUUGUUCUCCAAGCAUUUUCAUGAGCAGAACCAAAGGAGGCCGAAGGGAAAGAGAGAACCACGGAAAUGAAGUUAAAAGUUGGGAGUUGAGGACCUGUGCUUGCUUCAGCUGGUCUCAGUAAGAGACUUUCCUGCAGAAACAAAAGGGAUAGAAUUUGUUUUGUUUCUUAUGCCCCAUGAAUGCAUCAUUUAUUUUAGAAAUUGUGUUACCCAAACCUUGUGCAUUCUCCAGGAAUCCCACUUAUAGUCUGUGUCUAGAGACGUGGUUGCAGCGUGGACUCAGGGACCUCACAGGCAGCUGAUCAGAAGAAAUAGGAGAAAAUAUCCUUAGACUAGGAAUUGUUUAUACUAAAUUUUUGAAAAUGCAAGUAAUGACUAGCAUAAGGGCCCUGUGUAUCACCUCGUUAAGUGGGCAUCCCUCCAGCCUCUCCUUUGGAUAGAUCAAGGAGGAAUACUGUGAAGAAUGCUUGAGGCUUGAACCCAGACUAGGACUGAAGCACCUUCUUCCAUCUUUUUAGCUGGGAAACUUUAUCUCUCGCUUCACUCAAGGAUGCAAAUGAAGAGUGAAAUCCACUCACCUGCAGAAUUCACUUCUCUGGGUGCCCCAGGCACCCUGGGCCUGCGUCUUCCUGAGCCCCAUCCCUGGUGUGCUCAAUAAUGCAGCAGGAUUUUGCUCCACCAAAGUGUCACCUGUCUAGGUGAGUUGUGCCCGUGCCUAUCUGAAGUGACAGCCAUCUUUGAGUCCCCGCGUCUCUAACUGACUUCUCUUUUAUCAUUCAUGUUGGGAAGGUAGCAUUUUCGACAAGGUUGUUUCCUCUUCCCCCUCUUCUUUUUUCUUGCCCCUCCCCCCUUCCCGCUUCCUGGUCCCCUCCCCACCCCCUUAACGCACCUGAUCAAAACAUUAUCACUGACAAAGGUUUCUCUCUCCAAAUUAAAUGAGUCCAACUAGCCUGGGAAUUUCCACGAAGAAAGAAAGCGAAAUGCUGAUGUGCGAAGUUAAUGAAUCUGGUAACAGAGAGAACAUUAUUAAGCCCGGAUAAUAUGAUCUAGCUGCCUUCCUUCUCCACUCGCUUCCUGUAAAGAAUGUAUGGAAGUCAGUUAUGUGGCGUGAUUCUAACAUCUGUCCUACCCCAUAAUGGUAAUUUGUAUAAGUAAUGGAAACAGGUUAAAUACUUCCAUUCCAAUGUUGCCAGCAGGGAUGAAAAUGAACAUUUCAAUGAAAUCAUCUCGACAGAGCAGAGAGGGGAGGGGGCAUAGACUGAUUCAUCUCCACUCCCUUUGGUGAUGGGAGCCCUAAUGAGAAUGCUCGGAUGUAUAGUUUAUCAGAUAGAAGAGGAAGAGCACGCAGGUCUGAGAGAUGAGAAUCCUGCAGAACUGCGCCGGCACACGAGGUGCCUUGGUCUCCUUUGCAGACCUUUGCUAAUAACGUGCUCUUUUCAUUCUAAGGGAGGAUGAGAGGGAAAGAGGGGAGGAGGGCCAGGGAUCUGUGUGCACCCCUCUGAUGGGCUGCCUGCCAGGCUCAUCUUCAGCUGGGCAAAACCACAGGGUGAUUCUACUAGAUUUCUUAGGACUCUGCUAAAACUUAAAGGGAGGAAGGAGAACUGGUAUUUUCCUCAUUUCUUUGUAAUUGGAAAUAAUCCUCUUUCAGAGUGGCCUUCUCUUUGCCUAGAGAGUCACUUUAUUUCUUUAAGUUGUUCAUGUGAAGAAGAGCCAUUUCACUUGGCUUGCUAGUGCUAUUUAAAAAGAAUUUAAGUUGGAACUCAAUUCCUUGUCACUGUAUCCCUAUACUUGUACUCUCCUUCUAGAGAGAAUAUCAGGUCAUCUAGCAAGGGGAAUACGUGUCCUAUAGCGUCGUUGUCAAUCCAAGUAUGUUAAUGUGGGUUGUUCAACAUAUUUUCAUUCUAAAAUGCUGCAAUUGAACAUUGUAUUUUCCAGUAUUGCUACCUUUCUCCUAUGUAGACUGUGUUAUUUACUAUCCAGAUGAGUUAGAAAUGGAAACACCUAGUCAGCUGGCCUGUCAUAUUAAAUGCUAAUAUCCCAAUGAUUCCAAACAUCCAAAUUUGGGAACAUUGCAAAAGCUGAGCACCUUUUAUGAAGGGGACACACCUUCUGCUUUUCAUCAGGAUAUUUUGCCACCGAGGAGGAAGAGAUGGGGUACACGGAUGUUCCAUAGUGCGUGUGGGUAUUUGGGGUGUCUGCUAGAUUUUUCAGCAUAGAUCUGAAGCUGACUUUUAGAAAGCAGAGCAUGUUCAGGGAAGCCUUUCUUCUAUUGUUGCUUCAGCUCUUUAGCAAAGCACCCACACUUGUUCAUCUAUCCACAGAGCAGCGAUAACAGUGAGGCAGCGUUCUGGGAGUGUUCGCCUCUUAUGGAAUAUAAAACAGGAUGGUUUAAGAAAACACCUUUAUUUUGUGCAUAAUUGGGGUACAGAUUAAGAUGCAAGUUCGGGGAGAAUACAAACCUAAUUGCUCAGAGCCAGUGUUAUUAAGACUCGAGGGAAUUUGCAACUUUACCACAUUUAGCCAUUAAAAAACAAAUACAGCUGUCACUUCUCACCCAUCCCUAAAAAUGACUGUUGACUAGAGUGAGUCUUGUUUUCUUUAAAGAAACAAAGAUAUUUUAAACAAUGUUGGGCUACAAAUUGAGAAACAUAAUUUUUAUCUGAUUUGCUAAAGAUAUGAUGUUUGUGCCUCAUAUAAUUACAAUUUGAGAUGAAAAUGUUUUUCAGACGGUGUAUGUGUGUUUACGUUGUAAACCGUCAGCUCACACAUUGUUGGUGUCAUAUGAGGCUCUAACAGGGACCGUAUACAUUGCCUUAUGUCCACUCACAUUAGAACACACAGAAUUUCAUGUUGCUCAGGAUGACAGCAUAUCUUCAGGGACACAUUGGCAUCCAGAAGGCACAUUUUAUGACAAAAAAUAUUAACAAGAUUUAAUUAAAGAAUGAAGUCUAACCAUCAGAUCCAGUUGUCCCAUUUCCAUUUUGGGAAUGGUAGGGCCUAUAUAAUUUUAAAUUUUUUAUUCACACCCAUGCACAUACACACUCACCUGCACACACUCACACCUGUGUGCACACAUGCGUGCACUCGCACACCCACAUCCACCCACACGUGCAUGCACGUGAAGGCCGGCGGCGCCUCCUCCUGGGCUGCUGGUGCUUGCUGGUUCAUACGGUUCCUUGCAGUCUGUAGGGUGCUGUGCGUGUCCCCCCGAUGGCAGGACACACUGUACACGCUCACACUGUCACAUUCUGCACCAUCGUGCUAGGCUCAGGAAGGGUGGGGGAGUGAUGGCAAAGCUGUUUUGACACAAAAAGAAAUAGCAAAAAUGAUGAUCUGGAGUCUUUGUUUUAUUUGAUGGGGAAAAAUGUCAUUUAUUUCUAUACGUAAUUGUAAAAGAAGAAUUUUAUACUGCAGUUACCAUUUUCAAGCUUACUCAUUCAUCAGAUUUUCAUGAGGUGGAGGUGGGGUGAUGGUGGGGGGCUGGUGACGCCAGCGGUGAGGGUGUAGUGGAGAAAAUGCAGAGGUGGUGACUAUUUUCUGUGAUUCAGUGGCCUCUCUUAUAAAAAUCUUUUAGUCUAAAAGAUUGUAUUCAUUCCCCUGGUAAAGGAUAUUCUGAUAGGUUAAUCACUAGAAAUAAGCAUUUCUACAAAUAUCAUAAUAUAUUCCAGUACAUUUGUACCCAUAAGAACUAAAGACUGUUAGAAAACUGUAGCUUAUAGUGAAAACAAAAGAUUUUUGGAAAAUUGUAGCUUAUAAUGAAAACAAAGGAUUGUCACAAAUAAUUAGCUAAACUUGUAAGUUGUUAUGUCUCUCUAUAUCUUUGUCUGUCUGUCUCUCUCUCUGCCAAAGUAAUUUUUUUUAAAAACGGCAUCUUGUAAAGCAGUUAUGAGAAUUCACUGAUAAUAGUAAAAAUAAACCUAAUUAUUAAGAUAAAGAAUUUUAUUUUCUGUCAUGAUAGUGUUGAUAUAACUUUUGAUUCAGACACCAAAUAUUGUUACUAAUAGGAUUUAAGUAAAGUCAGGUGUCAUGUUACCCUCUAUAUGGUUUCCAUUCAAGUAUAGAGACAAUUAUGCAGGAUGUGUUAGCUCAUGGUUCAUCACACUGAUAAAUAAUUUCUGUCCGUAGCCACUUUUAAAGAUAAAAGUUCUCCUAACCCUGUGCUGGAUGUUAGUGCUAGUCUCCCAUCAGUAGCAGCACAGGUGCCUGGUACACGUCCUUGCCACUUGCCUACAUCCAUGCCGUGACGGCCUAGAGGCUGGCAUUCCCAUUUCUCUUCUGUUCCUGUGUGUUUAUGGGAAUAAGCUACUGGCUUUUAAAAUGGAGACAUAUUCUGAGACAUAAGCCCUUUGUGGGUUUUGGAGACUGUGGAAGACCCCUUCACUCCUUGAUUUCUCACUCCCAUCCUCUGAGACCCUUGGAAAGGCCUGUAGAAGUUCACCUUUUUGGAAUAAACUUUGUGUUAAAGUAUUGCAAGAGUACAGCGUGCAGUGCUGUGAAGGUAGCUGGGUUAUCAGGCAGCAGUAGAUUUGGCGACGUUUGUUUGUAGUUCUUGGUGAUGGCUGGCAGCAUGUAGUCAGAGAACGAGCCGGUACUUAAUCUGCGUUACGUUUCUUUACACUCAUUUCAGCCAUUUGAAGAGGUAUGCCAUGCACAAGUCUCCUCUCUGGAUUUCUAAAUGUUUCUCAUCGGGGCGAGCCCUACCCUGGCUGAUGAAAGUCCUUUUUUAGUUUCAGGGGGUCAGAUAGUACCAAGUUGGAACCUGGUGUUGGCUAAUAUUGGGUUUGUAGACCCGGAGUCAUCAGACUGCUUCAGGGUAGGAUUUAUCUUUCCCCAGACAUGGGGGUAAAAACUGAAAUCGGCUGAUGUUUUGAGUGCAGGUCAUUGGGUAUGCAGGUCUUGGGGAUGACUAGCUUGGUUUCUGGAGUAAGAGAACAUUUCCACCAUGUGUUAACAUGCACUCCAGUAGUCAGCAAACAGCCACGUGCUCUCUCAGAUGCAUAGAAGUGUCACUUGCUUUUUGCUCUUCUCACUUUAUUUUAACUUCUUUUAAUUUUUUAAGAUUCUCAUAUAAUGUCCUCUUUUUCUUCCUGACACCACUGAAAAUCAAAGUUUUUCAUCUUUUACAUACGGUUUAAGCUCUGAUUUGUGCUACUUGUUAAGUACAUUGUUGACAAACUCUAGACAAAAGAUUAACACCUAAAGUGCUUAUUGGGAACAGCGAGAGGGUCUUAAAUUAGUUUUCUUAUUCCCCACUUAACUUGAAAUUGAAUUCAGGGGCAGUGAGAGAAAGAAGAAAUUAUGUUUGUUUUAGAACAGUUACCUGUGGAUUCCUAAUUAAAAUUAGAAUUGGGAAAAGCCAUUAGGUCAUUUUAUUUGCAGACUCUGAAAUUCUUAAAAAUUGUUUCUAUUGUUUUUUUUUUUUCUAUCAUGUCAGAGCAAAAGUAGCCUUUCAGCUUUGCUUGGCAGGGUGUCAGUCUUCCUGCAAGAAAUCAGAACGAUGUUAGUAAAUUAGUGCGUAUAUUGUAUUUUUACCUUCUUUCCUGAUGAGGAAGGGCCACACUCUGCCUGGGUCUGCUCUCUGUGCAUUUUUUUUGUUUCCCAGCGUAUUCUAACUUUCAUCAAAACCACCUGCUCUCUCCAUAACGAAGGUGACGUUACUUUAUGAGUGAUCAAUUAUAACUUUGGAAGAAAGUCUGUUUCGUAAGAUUCUACAAUGAAUCGAAGCUGUACAUUCAUCACUUAGGUGUGGGGAGGCCCCUUUUGUGAAUUGGCCCCUUGGAGUAAAUGUAUUUUGAUAUAAUGGCCAUCUGUUCAUGGGUAUCACAUUUGCCAGUCUGCAAAAUAGUUUGAUUUAGAUAAACAUGUAAUUUGGUAAGAUUAUAUAGUUUCACCAGGUGGCAAUACAAUAGUGAAAUUUGGUAUUUACUGUAAGGCAGUCACCAAGCAGGGACUGAAGACCUGCAUUUGUGUUUGUCACUUUUGAACAUCCAUUUGUCUUUCACAGCCAGCUCUCACUUACGUGUGCUAAUGAGGAAAAGAGAGCUUGGGUAGACAGUUUCCUGACCUCAUUGCUGUCAUUUGUGUCCACCACCUCCUCCGUCAGGCCUCCAAAGAGCUCUUCACAAGGAACAGCAUUUCUGCCUGGUGUGGGUUUCCCCACCUCUCUCUUCCUUCCUCUGUUCUUUGGCAGACGCUCUAAUCAUCAGCAAAGCCUCUGAAAGGCAGGCACGGGGAAAAGAAGAACAAGAAGGGCCCAGCCGGUCCAUGGCCCGAAUUUCACAUCUGACUGUCGGAGCACCAUCUACACAACAAUUAAGACGGAUGCGGGCUCAGCUUCAGUCUUAACUGAAGGGAUGGGCUUGGGCUGGGAUGGGCAUAUCAUCAUUUUGUUCCCAUUGUUCCCAUUUAUUUGAGUGGCAUGAAGCUAAGCAGGUUCCCAUAGCCACAGGACGAUGGCACAUCUGUGUGCAGGAUGUUUUCUGAUUCAUUCUGUGAGUCUGUGGGGUGUGAGGAGGAGGAGGAGCAGCCGUCCUCGUUCCUUCAGGCUGUUGUAGCAGAGCACCGUAGACUGUGUGGCUGUGUGUGGACUGUGAGCAACAGACUUGUAUUACUCACAGUUCUGGGCCUGGGAGGUGGGAGAUCAAGGCAGCAGCAGAUCUGGGAGCUGGUGAGGAGGGCCUGCCUCCUGUGUGUAUGUAGAUGGUGUCAUCUCACUGUGUCGUCAUGUGGUAGAAGGGGCAAGCCAGCUCUCUGGAGCCUUUUAAAAAAUAAGGGCACUCAUGCUGUUCUUGAGGGCUCUUUCCUGGUGGCUCCUAAAGGCCCUACCUCCUUCUGCCAUUACUGUGGGGGGUUAGAUUUCAACAGAGGAAUUCGAGGGCGGGGAUACAAACAUUCAGACCACAGCAGCUGACAAGCACACAGUUGGGCCACAUACUGAUGAUGAUGAUUCUGUCAUUGCCAUAAAUACUUCCUAUAACCCCAAAAGACAUUGUUCCAGUGGGGACAGUGGUUGUUCCAGUGGGGAAACCGAGGUCCCAAGGAGCGAGUGAGUGUAUCGGGUCACACUGUGUGUAUGUAUCUGAGCCUGGGCUCCUACCAUGCUCUCCAGACAUCAAAUCCGUACCUUCCAUCUCUCUCUCCUUCUGCCACGCUAAGGGGGUGGGUGAGGGGAUCUGUUCUACUAAAGAAACCACAGCAAUGGCCACGUUAGUAUAAGCCCCAUAGAGGCGAACCACUGGGGUGUCAGUCCCACCCCAGUUCACUCUGUCUUUUCAGGCCCAGGCUCCUGGGGAGCACCCCUUUGGAUCACCCCUGCACACAUCCAGGGUGGAUUAGUGGACCUCGCUGUGUGUGACAGCUUAUGUUCCUGAGGAAGAAUUGAAGGCAGCAGAAAUAGAUGAAGAGCACGUGGAGGAUGACGGGCUGUCUUUGGACAUUCAGGAAAGUGAGUACAUGUGCAAUGAAGAGACGGAGAUCAAAGAGGCGCAGAGCUACCAGAACUCCCCAGUCAGCUCUGUGACUAACCAGGACGCCGGCUGCGGGUCGCCCUUCAGUGAGAGCAGCGACCAGCUAGCCCAUUUCAAAGGCUCUUCCUCUCGAGAAGAGAAGGAGGAUCCGCAGUGUCCCGACAGCGUCUCGUACCCCCAGGACAGCCUGGCACAGAUCAAAGCUGUGUAUGCAAACUUGUUCUCCGAGUCCUGCUGGUCCAGCUUAGCUCUGGAUUUAAAGAAGUCGGGUUCCACCACCAGCACCAACGAUGCCAGCCAGAAGGAGAGCUCCGCCCCCACCCCCACACCCCCCACCUGCCCCGUCAGCACCACUGGCCCCACCACGAGCAUGCCCAGCACCAGCUGCAGCUCCAGCACCACCCACAGCAGUACCACCAGUACCAGCAGCAGCUCCGGGUACGACUGGCACCAGGCUGCACUGGCCAAGACGCUGCAGCAGACGUCCUCGUACGGGCUGCUUCCUGAGCCCAGCCUGUUCAGCACCGUGCAGCUCUACCGCCAGAACAACAAGCUCUACGGCUCCGUCUUCACGGGCGCCAGCAAGUUCCGGUGCAAAGACUGCAGUGCCGCGUACGACACGCUGGUGGAACUGACGGUGCACAUGAACGAGACAGGCCACUACCGCGACGACAACAGGGACAAGGACUCCGAGAAGACCAAGCGGUGGUCCAAGCCCAGGAAGCGCUCCCUGAUGGAGAUGGAGGGGAAGGAGGACGCCCAGAAGGUGCUGAAGUGCAUGUACUGUGGACACUCCUUUGAGUCCUUGCAGGACCUCAGCGUCCACAUGAUCAAAACCAAGCAUUACCAGAAAGUGCCUCUGAAGGAGCCAGUGCCAGCCAUCACCAAACUGGUCCCCUCCACCAAAAAGCGGGCGCUUCAGGACCUGGCGCCCCCCUGCUCCCCUGAGCCAGCAGGAAUGGCCGCAGAGGUGGCCCUGAGUGAGUCAGCCAAGGAUCAGAAAGCAGCGAACCCGUACGUCACGCCCAAUAACCGCUACGGCUACCAGAAUGGCGCCAGCUACACCUGGCAGUUUGAGGCCCGCAAGGCGCAGAUCCUCAAGUGCAUGGAGUGUGGCAGCUCCCACGACACGCUGCAGCAGCUCACCGCCCACAUGAUGGUCACCGGGCACUUCCUGAAAGUGACCACCUCGGCUUCUAAGAAGGGCAAGCAGUUGGUGCUGGACCCUGUGGUGGAAGAGAAGAUCCAGUCCAUCCCACUACCGCCCACCACCCACACGCGGCUGCCGGCCUCCAGCAUCAAAAAGCAGCCCGACUCUCCCGCAGGGUCCACGACUUCUGAAGAAAAGAAAGAGCCGGAGAAGGAGAAGCCGCCCGUGGCUGGCGACGCGGAGAAGAUCAAGGAGGAGAGUGAGGACAGCUUGGAGAAAUUUGAGCCCAGCACCCUGUACCCGUACCUGCGUGAGGAGGACCUGGACGACAGCCCCAAGGGAGGGCUGGACAUUCUCAAGUCCCUGGAGAAUACCGUCUCCACGGCCAUUAGCAAAGCUCAGAAUGGUGCGCCCUCAUGGGGUGGCUACCCCAGCAUCCACGCAGCCUACCAGCUCCCGGGCACCGUGAAGCCACUGCCGGCGGCCGUGCAGAGCGUGCAGGUGCAGCCGUCCUAUGCUGGCGGCGUGAAGUCGCUGUCUUCCGCCGAGCACAACGCCCUCCUGCACUCCCCAGGGAGCCUCACGCCCCCGCCGCACAAGAGCAACGUGUCUGCCAUGGAGGAGCUGGUGGAGAAGGUCACGGGCAAGGUCAACAUCAAGAAGGAGGAGAGACCCCCUGAGAAGGAGAAGAGCUCCCCGGCCAAGGCUGCGUCCCCCAUAGCAAAAGAGAAUAAAGAUUUCCCUAAAACGGAGGAAGUCAGCGGCAAACCACAGAAGAAGGGCCCUGAGGCUGAGACUGGGAAGGCCAAAAAGGAGGGACCGCUGGAUGUUCACACCCCAAAUGGCACAGAGCCUCUCAAAGCAAAGGUCACCAACGGCUGUAACAACCUGGGGAUCAUCACGGACCACUCACCGGAGCCUUCCUUCAUCAACCCGCUGAGCGCUUUGCAGUCCAUCAUGAACACCCACCUGGGCAAGGUGUCCAAGCCCGUGAGUCCCUCGCUGGACCCGCUGGCGAUGCUGUACAAGAUCAGCAACAGCAUGCUGGACAAGCCGGUGUACCCCGCCACCCCUGUGAAGCAGGCCGAUGCCAUCGACCGCUACUACUAUGAAAACAGCGACCAGCCCAUUGACUUAACCAAGUCCAAGAACAAGCCGCUGGUGUCCAGCGUGGCUGAUUCGGUGGCAUCACCUCUGCGGGAGAGCGCACUCAUGGACAUCUCCGACAUGGUGAAAAACCUCACAGGCCGCCUGACGCCCAAGUCCUCCACGCCCUCCACAGUUUCAGAGAAGUCCGAUGCUGAUGGCAGCAGCUUUGAGGAGGCGUUGGAUGAGCUGUCACCGGUCCACAAGAGGAAGGGCCGGCAGUCCAACUGGAACCCGCAGCACCUGCUCAUCCUGCAGGCCCAGUUCGCCUCGAGCUUGCGGGAGACCACAGAGGGCAAGUACAUCAUGUCGGACCUGGGCCCGCAGGAGAGGGUGCACAUCUCGAAGUUUACCGGGCUCUCCAUGACCACCAUCAGCCACUGGCUGGCCAAUGUGAAGUACCAGUUGAGGAGGACAGGGGGAACGAAAUUCCUAAAGAACCUGGACACAGGGCAUCCUGUUUUCUUUUGCAACGAUUGUGCCUCUCAGUUCAGAACUGCUUCUACAUACAUAAGUCAUUUGGAGACACACUUGGGCUUCAGCCUGAAGGAUCUCUCCAAGCUGCCAUUCAAUCAGAUUCAAGAACAGCAGAAUGUUUCGAAAGUCCUCACCAACAAAACUCUGGGCCCACUGGGGGCCACCGAGGAAGACUUGGGCUCCACAUUCCAAUGUAAGCUCUGCAACCGGACUUUUGCGAGCAAGCACGCAGUCAAACUGCACCUUAGUAAGACCCACGGCAAGUCUCCCGAGGACCACCUGAUCUAUGUGACUGAGUUGGAGAAACAGUAGCGUCCAGGUAUGCAAGAGACCGCGGAACAUUGCACUAAACGUCGUCGAGCUGCACUAGGCCUGGCCUGAGCCUCUGAAAUCAGUCUUUCCUUUGUUGCUGGCCCGCCUCUCUGGACCUUGGUUUUCUUACACAUAUUUUGUAUAUUUAUAUGCUCUCUGUCCGAUCUGUGCAUGUUAUUUUUCUUUUUCCGUGAGUCAAAGUCUGACCUUUAUUUUCAACAUCUGUUCUUGAUGUUAAGCUAUCUUUUGUAGGAAAUAGUGGGGCACACUACUCAGAGACAUUAUUUAGCAGUAAAGAAAGACACAAAUAACAAUGAUAAAAAGACAUCCUAAAAUGGUGAAGUUGCCAUGACAAUAAAGGUCAUAGAACCUGGUAGUGUCAAAUUUAACCCUUUGAGGACUGUAAUUGCAUUUCUGUGCCUUUCACUUGAAAAAAAAAAAAAGAAAAAAGAAAAAAAGGCUUAAAGGCAUUUCAUUCAGAUCAAAAGCUGUGUCAGACACAAAACUUAUUUAAUAAUUAAAAAAUGAGCUUUUAUAUGCAGAACUGGUUUGUGAGGAAACAUGCAUGCAGCUGUGGGAAGAUAGAAAGCUGUCUAGGACUCACGGGAUUCGGAAGCCACACCUCUACAUGUCUAAAACAAAAAACAACAACAACAGAUACCCCACUCGCCACUAUGCCCAAACCCUCUGGAUGCUGAAAAAUGCCACUUUCGGCAAAAAAAAGUAUGCAAGCUAUUAUUUAAAAAUGUGUAAAAAUGCUAUUUCUUUUUUCCUGUAAAAUAUUGCAGUUUAUAGUUAUUUACAAAUGUAAGCUUUGGUACAAGCUGACCUUUCUAUAGCGUGCUGCAUUGGUAAAUGAAAAAAAAUGGGGCAAACGUUGGAGUCCUUUCCUUGUAAAUUGCCAGCAUCAGCUUAAAAAUUCCUGUAUGUUACAUAUCGUACCAUUUUAAUCUCUUCAACUUUCUUUGUACCUUCUGGCUGUAUGCUUUCUCUUUUAACUUUUUAUAUUGUCAUUUUAUAUUAAAUUUCUGUGUAUAUAAUGUAAAACCACAAUUUUUGAAUAAAAUUUAGUUCCUGCAGCUUGAUUUGAAUAGAGGACUUUUACUGGCACCUGCAUCUCUCCAGAUGCAUGUACUCAGAGGGACUGUCAGACAAAAAUAAAUACAUAAAAACAAAGCAAGCAGUGCACUAUUAAUUAUACAUUUUGAUGUUCUAUCAUUAAUAUUGUACAGUACAUUUUGGUUCACACAAUUAAAUCCACUGUUUUCUCAGAUGUAAAAUAAACCCACAUGCAGUUCUUGAUUUA